AUGUUUGUCACCACCCUGAUCAACAAGUCCCUGCUGACCGGAGAGGUACGAUUGAUCUUCAAAACAGCGGCAGUCACCCCCAUACCAUCACUUUCCCAGCCAGAUGCAGAGAAACUCAUCCACGCCUUCAUCUUCGGCCAUGCGCUGUUUGGGGGCCUCCCAGCCAAAUCACUACAUAGCCUCCAACUAAUCCAGAAAAGUGCUGCCAGGGUCCUGACCAGGACCAAGAAGUCAGACCACAUCACCCCGAUCCUGGCCCAGCUCCACAUCAGUGACCUCAUCUCAAUCAGCGAGCCACUUUGCACUCUCUGCUCCAGCCACUCUCUUCUGCUUCAAGUCCCCAAGACAUAUCUCAGAACUAUGGCAGACCGAGCCUUCUGCUCCCUUGCCCCUCACCUAAGGAAUGCUCUUCCUGACCAUCUGAGAGCCUCUCCAUCACACAGAACUCUUAAAACGGGCUUUAAAACCCACUUCUACAGACUGUCUUUUUCAUAGUCCUAGUCCCAAUCUAAGAUGUAUACUGAACAAAAAUAUAAACGCAACAUGUUCAUACAGUUCAUAUAAGGAAACCAGGCAAUUGAAAUAAAUUCAUUAGGCCCUAAUCUAUGGAUUUCACAUGACUGGGCAGGGGCGCUGAAAUGAACAUUCAACAGCUCUGGUGGACACUCCUACAGUCAGCAUGCCAAUUGCACGCUCCCUCAACUUGAGACAUCUGUGGCACUGUGUUGUGUGACAAAACUGCACAUUUUAGAGUGGACUUUUAUUGUCUCCAGCACAAGGUGCACCUGUGUAAUGAUCAUGCUGUUUAAUCAGCUUCUUGAUAUGCCACACCUGUCAGGUGGAUGGAUUAUCCUGGCAAAGGAUAAAUGCUCACUAACAGGGAUGUAAACAAAAUUGGAGAGAAAUAAGCUUUUUGUGUAUAUGGAACAUUUCUGGGAUAUUUUAUUUCAGCUCAUGAAACAUGGGACCAACACUUGACAUGUUGUGUUUAUAUUUUUGUUCAGUAUAUUUAGCACCUAGCCCACUAUUGCUAUUUUACCUGCCUUGAUUCUAAAUGUAUCUAGUAUUUAUUGUAUAUAAAACAUUUAUUUCCUCAGUAGAACUUUGAGGACUCUGUAAUGAAAAGUGCUAUACAAAUUAAUUGUAUUAUUAUUAAUAAUGUCAUAUAUACUGUAAUAGAUGUGGUCACAGGUGCGUUUGUGUGCGAGAAAGACACUGAGUGUGUGUGUGUGUGUGUUUCGAUGUACCAUGUUGGUGAUGGCUCUUAUUUAGCAUCCCAUUGUUAGUAAAAUAAUCAUAGAAUUGAAAGAUACCCCCCUACCCCUCCCUGCACACCCAGAUGCCCACCAUUUCCUGUGAUAGGUCAGGAUGCCGGUGCCCUUCCCAUGGGCCUGAACUUGAGAGACGAGCAGACGGCUCGUACCUGAAAUACAGUGGCUUGCGAAAGUAUUCACCCCCUUGGCAUUUUUCCUAUUUUUUGCCUGACAACCUGGAAUUAAAAUGGAUUUUUUGGGGGUUUGUAUCAUUUGAUUUACACAACAUGCCAACCACUUUGAAUAUGCAAAAUAUUUUUGUGUGUGAAACAAACAAGAAAUAAGACCAAAAAACAGACAACUUGAGCGUGCAUAACUAUUCACCCCCCCCCCCCCCCCCCCCCCCCCCCCCCCAAAGUCAAUACUUUGUAGAGCCACCUUUUGCAGCAAUUACAGUUGGCACAUCUAGCCACUGGGAUUUUUGCCCAUUCUUCAAGGCAAAACUGCUCCAGCUCCUUCAAGUUGGAUGGGUUCCACUGGUGUACAGCAAUCUUUAAGUCAUACCACAGAUUCUCAAUUGGAUUGAGGUCUGGGCUUUGACUAGGCCAUUCCAAGACAUUUAAAUGUUUCCCCUUAAACCACUCGAGUGUUGCUUUAGCAGUAUGCUUUGGGUCAUUGUUCUGCUGGAAGGUGAACCUCUGUCCCAGUCUAAAAUCUCUGGAAGACUGAAACAGGUUUCCCGCAAGAAUUUCCCUGUAUCAUUCCUUCAAUUCUGACCAGUUUCCCAGUCCCUGCCUAUGAAAAACAUGGUGUUCUCGGGGUGAUGAGAGGUGUUGGGUUUGCGCCAGACAUAGCGUUUUCCUUGAUGGCCAAAAGCUCAAUUUUAGUCUCAUCUGACCAGAGUACCUUCUUCCAUAUGUUUGGGGAGUCUCCCACAUGGCUUUUGGCGAACACCAAACGUGUUUGCUUAUUUUCUUCUUUAAGCAAUGGCUUUUUUCUGGCCACUCUUCCGUAAAGCCCAGCUCUGUGGAGUGUACGGCUUAAAGUGGUCCUAUGGACAGAUACUCCAUUCUCUGCUGUGGAGCCUUGCAGCUCCUUCAGGGUUAUCUUUGGUCUCUUUGUUGCCUUUCUGAUUAAUGCCCUCCUCUCCUGGUCCGUGAGUUUUGGUGUGCCGUCCUCUCUUGGCAGGUUUGUUGUGGUGCCAUAUUCUUUCAAUUUUUUAAUAAUGGAUUUAAUGGUGCUCCGUGGGAUGUUCAAAGUUUCCGUGGGAUGUUCAAACCCUGAUCUGUACUUCUCCACAACUUUGUCCCUGACCUGUUUGGAGAGCUCCUUGGUCUUCAUGGUGCUGCUUGCUUGGUGGUGCCCCUUGCUUAGUGGUGUUGCAGACUCUGGGGCCUUUCAGAACAGGUGUAUAUACAGUGGGGGAAAAAAGUAUUUAGUCAGCCACCAAUUGUGCAAGUUCUCCCACUUAAAAAGAUGAGAGAGGCCUGUAAUUUUCAUCAUAGGUACACGUCAACUAUGACAGACAAAAUGAGAAAAAAAAUCCAGAGAAUCACAUUGUAGGAUUUUUAAUUAAUUAAUUUGCAAAUUAUGGUGGAAAAUAAGUAUUUGGUCACCUACAAACAAGCAAGAUUUCUGGCUCUCACAGACCUGUAACUUCUUCUUUAAGAGGCUCCUCUGUCCUCCACUCGUUACCUGUAUCAAUGGCACCUGUUUGAACUUGUUAUCAGUAUAAAAGACACCUGUCCACAACCUCAAACAGUCACACUCCAAACUCCACUAUGGCCAAGACCAAAGAGCUGUCAAAGGACACCAGAAACAAAAUUGUAGACCUGCACCAGGCUGGGAAGACUGAAUCUGCAAUAGGUAAGCAGCUUGGUUUGAAGAAAUCAACUGUGGGAGUAAUUAUUAGGAAAUGGAAGACAUACAAGACCACUGAUAAUCUCCCUCGAUCUGGGGCUCCAUGCAAGAUCUCACCCCGUGGGGUCAAAAUGAUCACAAGAACGGUGAGCAAAAAUCCCAGAACCACACGGGGGAACCUAGUGAAUGACCUGCAGAGAGCUGGGACCAAAGUAACAAAGCCUACCAUCAGUAACACACUACGCCGCCAGGGACUCAAAUCCUGCAGUGCCAGACGUGUCCCCCUGCUUAAGCCAGUACAUGUCCAGGCCCGUCUGAAGUUUGCUAGAGUGCAUUUGGAUGAUCCAGAAGAGGAUUGGGAGAAUGUCAUAUGGUCAGAUGAAACCAAAAUAGAACUUUUUGGUAAAAACUCAACUCGUUGUGUUUGGAGGACAAAGAAUGCUGAGUUGCAUCCAAAGAACACCAUACCUACUGUGAAGCAUGGGGGUGGAAACAUCAUGCUUUGGGGCUGUUUUUCUGCAAAGGGACCAGGACGACUGAUCCGUGUAAAGGAAAGAAUGAAUGGGGCCAUGUAUCGUGAGAUUUUGAGUGAAAGCCUCCUUCCAUCAGCAAGGGCAUUGAAGAUGAAACGUGGCUGGGUCUUUCAGCAUGACAAUGAUCCCAAACACACCGCCCGGGCAACGAAGGAGUGGCUUCGUAAGAAGCAUUUCAAGGUCCUGGAGUGGCCUAGCCAGUCUCCAGAUCUCAACCCCAUAGAAAAUCUUUGGAGGGAGUUGAAAGUCUGUGUUGCCCAGCGACAGCCCCAAAACAUCACUGCUCUAGAGGAGAUCUGCAUGGAGGAAUGGGCCAAAAUACCAGCAACAGUGUGUGAAAACCUUGUGAAGACUUACAGAAAACCUUUGACCUGUGUCAUUGCCAACAAAGGGUAUAUAACAAAGUAUUGAGAAACUUUUGUUAUUGACCAAAUACUUAUUUUCCACCAUAAUUUGCAAAUAAAUUCAAAAGAAAUCCUACAAUGUGAUUUUCUGGAUUUUUUUUCCUCAUUUUGUCUGUCAUAGUUGACGUGUACCUAUGAUGAAAAUUACAGGCCGCUCUCUCAUCUUUUUAAGUGGGAGAACUUGCACAAUUGGUGGCUGACUAAAUACUUUUUUUCCCCACUGUAUACUGAGAUCAUGUGACAGAUCAUGUGACACUUAGAUUGCACACAGGUGGACUUAAUUUAACUAAUUAUGUGACUUCUGAAGGUAAUUGGUUGCACCAGAUCUUAUGUAGGGGCUUCAUAGCAAAGGGGGUGAAUACAUAUGCACGCACCACUUUUCCAUUAUUUAUUUUUUAGAAUUUUUUAGAAUUUUUUAGAAAUUCCUUAAUAAUAAGUACUUUUUUUCAUUACAUGAAAUCCAAAUAAAAGUCCAUUUAAAUUACAGGUUGUAAUGCUACAAAAUAGGAAAAACGCCAAGGGGGAUGAAUGCUUUUACAAGGCACUGUACUCAGUUUCAUACAUUACCAUCACACAUUAUGUUAUAAGCACACAGGAUCUUUCUAUCUAUAUGGAUCCAGGACUAGAGCUCAAACAGCACAGGGAAUACAGGAAUUUAUUGGUGAGAUACAAGUUAAGGGAUAAGUAUUUUAUAAAAUCGAUAUUGGUCACUUCCUGAAUCGUAAACCUGUGUGUUCCUUCCUCUUCCUGUCAGGUGACUAUGAUUGACAGGGGGGCGGCAGAGCAAGCAUGUAAAGACCCCAACCCCGUCGUCGACGGUAGGAAGACUAACGUCAACCUGGCCUACCUGGGAGCCAAGCCCCGAAGCCCACAGACAGGUGAGUCAUGCAAACAUACACACACACACACACACACACACACACACAGAGAGACCGCAUACGCAUACACAGACACACUACGCAAACAGUUGAGCAGAUGACACGCGCACACACUCUCAGCUGACUACUAUUAUAGCUACAUUCCUCUACAUUAUACGGUACACACACCACACACAGCUUCUCCCUGAGGGCGCCAUGUGGUCAGGCACAUACAGUGUGAAACACCAGCCUAUAUCUGCUCUGCUCCUCUUCAGACUACACAAACAUACCAAACCACCACAACUUUCCCUCACUCCUGUCACUCUGUGGAGUCUAUGGAAAAAUAUUGGGCUCAAAAGUAAUGCACCACUGUAAAGAGAAUUUAGAUGCAGCCUAUGUGUGACCGACGCGCAGUAGUGGCAACAGUAGUGUACUGUAUCUUGAUAUUGGGUUGUUGUUACUCUCGUUACACUCCAAGCAUGCAGUUGAUGAGCUACGAUGAGUGUGCAAAACAUUAGGAACUCCUGCUCUUUCCACGACAGACUGACCAGGUGAAUCCAGGUGAAAGCUAUGAUCCCUUAUUGAUGUCACUUGUUCAAUCCACUUCAAUCAGUGUAGAUGAUGGGGAGGAGACAGGUUAAAGAAGGAUUUUUAAGCCUUGAGAUAAUUGAGACAUGGAUUGUCUAUGUGUGCCAUUUAGAGAGUACAUAUGGCCACCGGUGCUGUACUUAGAUCCUGUCCUUGUCUUUAUGCCUUCCACUGUGCCAUGCUGUAGGGUAGGGCUGCACCUGGGUCGACUCAACAGCGGACCAGUUAGUUAGGUAGCGCCUGUAUCUCUCCAUCCAAAUAAACUCAUAAAUAAUGCACAGGUCAAUUUGCAAGUGAAAGAAGAUAACCAAUUGGAGUGCGUGCUGGGCAGCCAGCAUGUGGGCAGAGGGUGACUGACAGGUCCUGUGGGGUAGGCAUGUGGGGGGGGUUGGCUGAUGUCUGUUGUUCCUUGUGGAAAGAUGGAGAUACAGCCAGGUUCCUUGUGUUGUCUGCACUACAGUAUGACUGUGAUCCCUUUCUUGCUGUUAAUGACUGCAGCAAAGUACACAAAGUAUCCAACUGCCUAUGGCACUUUGUUUCAUUUGGUCCUCUCUGAAGAGGCCAUGCAUAUACUCUGAGUGUACAAAACAUUAUCAACACUGCUCUUUCCAUGACAUAGGCUGACCAGGUCAAUCCAGGUGAAAGCUAUGAUCCCUUAUUGAUGUCACCUGUUAAAUCCACUUAAAUCAGCGUAGAUUAAUGGGAGGAGACAGGUUAAAGAAUGAUUUUUAAGCCUUGAGACAAUUGAGACAUGGAUUGUGUAUGUGUGCCAUUCAGAGGGUGAACGGGCAAGACAAAAUAUUUGAGUGCCUUUGAACGGGGUAUGGUAUUAGGUGCCAGGCGCACCGGUUUGAGUGUGUCAAGAACUGCAACGCUGCUAGGUUAUUCACGCUCAACAGUUUCCCGUUUGUAUCAAGAAUGGUCUACCACCCAAAGGACAUCCAGCCAACUUGACACAACUGUGGGAAGCAUUGGAGUCAACAUGGGCCAGCAUCCCAUUGUAGAGUCCAUGACAAAUUGAGGCUGUUCUGAGGGCAAAAGGUGGUGCAACUCAAUAUUAGGAAGGUGUUCCUAAUGUUUUGUACACUCAGUGUAUGUCAGAGCUUGGUAUUUUGUUGUGUGUGUGUGUGUGUGUGUGUGUGUGUGUGAGAGAGUGGCUGUUUAUGAGAGAGGGGGAAGGGAGAUGGAGGGGGAAGGGACAGACAGAGAGAGAGAGAGGGGGAGAAAUAACAACAGAUCUGUCUCUUCCUUGUUCUGUGUGACUCCCCUCACCCAGGGAAUCAUGAUAAACACAACAGGAGAGAAUGACCAUGGGGUGUGUGUGCGUGCGUGUGUGUGCGAAGAGUUACAGGAACAUUAAGUGUUAGUGAGAAGAAAGGAGGGGAGUGAGAGAUUGAGAGAUAGGGAGGCAGGAUAGAUAGAAAGGAAGGAAGGAAGGAAGGAAUGAAUUGACGGCCGGCCGGAAGGAAACUUACGGUAAGUAAUUAAUUACCUGACUGAAGUGACGGAAGGACUUCCUGCCUUCCUCCUCUCUACGGCCUGCCUUCUUCUCCUCUCGCUCUCUCUCCUCUCUCUCGCGCGAGCUCUCUCUCCCUCUCUCCUCCUCUCUUCUCUCUCUAUCCGCCUCCCUUUCGCUCCUCUCUCUCUCGCUCUUCCUGGCUCCUUAAUUCUAGGAAGAACCAAUUUAGUCGAUUGUUUGGUCAAUAGGCUGUUGGCACUUUCUCCCACGUUGGACAGCGGUCGCUGUCCGUGGUUCUGAAACAUCAGUGCGCUGUUGAAUUGACGCCUUUUCCUAAACCAUGUUGCUAUGUGCAUAAUAGCAAAGUUAACCAGCAUAUUGGUGUUGAGAGCAAUGUGGCGGAGGCAGCAGCGGAGUUAGGAGAUGAGAAAUCAGCACUUGCCUUAAUUGUCUAAGAAAAGUGAGGAGAGAGGAAACGCCAUCUUAAUUAGGUCUAUAAUCAAUAGCCUAACUGUUAAAUGUGCCUGGCUUUAUAAAUCAUCCAUAUACAUCUACAGAAAUAAGACAGAUCUGCUUCUGUUUGAGUGUUUAAUAGCCUAGUGAUUCUGUGAGCACCAAGCCUCAGGCAACAUGUCGGAUUAACAAUUUCACAAAUUCUGCUGUUUUUAAUCUUUGCUAUGCUGUAAUAAAGGUUUUACACUUUUUUUCGUUAGAACAUCGUCUCUGCUAUUACUUAUCAUUUAUUUAGUGUUGUUUACACUCUUCCGAAUUGUCAGAAAAAUAAUAUUUAUAAUAAUAAUAACCCUCCUUUUUCUUGAUCUCCUUAUUGUUAUUAUUACUAUUUAGUAAUUUUUUGUUAGUUUUAUGAUCAUCAUUAUAAUAAUAACUAAUGUUGUUUUCAUUAGUAGGCUUAGUAUAGCAGCCUUGAAUAACCUCCACCGAGCUGUAGGUAAAGAGCACAUCCUGUUUAGUCUUAAAACCAUAACUUACUUAGGCCUAUAUUUCAAUACUUAUAUAGGCUACUGUAUCAAUAAAUCAUUCAUUAGUUGAUUUCAAUUGCAAUCAAGCAUUUUCGUUUUAAAAUAAAGCGACCCUUGAAUAAUUAGCACAAACAACAAAUAAAUAAAAAAGUAUAUCAGUUUCACUUAAGGACCAAAGGAUUGAAAGCCGUCCCAUAUAGAUUGCAAAAUAGUUGGGAAGAGAUCUUUGACGUACCGAUCCCAUGGCAUAGUGUUUAUGAACUGACACGCAAAACGACACCGGAUUCAAAAAUUAGAAUCUUUCAAUUUAAAUUAUUAUAUAAAAUUCUUGCUACCAAUAUAAUGUUAUUUAUAUGGGGGAUACAAUCUUCCCAGCUCUGCAGAUUUUGCUGUGAAGAGACAGAAUCAUUAGAUCAUUUGUUUUGGUUCUGUCCAUUUGUAGCUUGUUUUUGGACACAGGUCCAGGAAUGGCUAAAGGAUUGCAAUAUUUACCUGGAACUAACCUUGCAGAUAGCAUUACUGGGUGAUCUGAAAAGUCAUAGUCAAUCAAUCAAUAAUAUAAUAAUACUUUUAGCAAAAAUGUUUAUUUUUAAUUCACAAUCUGUAGAAGCAAUGAGAAUAGAAAGGUUCAGAACUUUUGUAAAACAUCACAGUACGGUUGAAAUAUAUAUGGCAAAUAGAAAUCCUAUAUGGAUGGUGUUAAGAGAUAGAUGGGAGGUAUUGAAUAGAGUUGAAGGAUGGGACUAAUAACAAAUAACAACAAAUAAUAACAAAGAUAGCUAAUAAUGUAAGCAUACUGUGUCCAUAAUAAGUAUAUAGGUUGUAUGUUGGGAGCUUUUGGGAAAGAGCACAGUUAGAAAGAUAUGGCAUAUAGAAGCAAACCGGAUGGACAUCAUGAAAAUGAUCGGAGAGGUUGAGAGUAGAAGAAGUUCAGGAGCAAUAAAAAAUUAAAUAAAUAAAAAUAUAUAUAAUAGAAUUAUUGUAAAAUUAACUCUGUCCAUAAGGUGUAGAUAGUAAGUAUAGACCGGAAGUAGAGGCCUGGGCAUUGUUGUUCACUAAUUUACUCCAAGUAGGGAAAGGAUGGUGGGGUUGAAAAGUAAUAAAGGGGAGUAUAUAUAUAAAAAAUAAAAAAUAAAUAAAAAUAAAAAUAAAAAAACAUGGGGGAUUGGAAGUGAUGCAGACAAUUACAUUGAUAGAAGAUACAAUCUAUCUGCAAUAUUAAGCUGAUCCAUUCCCCCCCCCCAAAAAAAUAAAAAAAUAAAAAUAAACCAUUCCAUUUUGGAAAUUGCAUUCACGAAUGAAUACGACUGUUUUUAGUCUUUGCUGUAAUUGAAGGCUUUACAAAAAAAACAUUACAAUAGACUCUCUGUUACGCUUAUAAUUUAUUUAGUGUUGUUUACAUUGUUCCAAAAGGUCAGAAAAAUUAUAUUGUAAUCUAACAGCACCUAUUUGGCACAUAUAAUAUGAACGCAGCGCUUGCUCCUUGCCUUCUUUUUCUUGAUCUCCAGUAUUUUCCACAACUAGUCAAAUGUAUUCCACACAUCCGACUUCCCCUUUACCUCCUGAGCAACCAGUAAAAAUUCCCCAGUUUCGAGUUUAUUUGUCACAUCCUUUGCAUCUAUUUUGCUGUCACAUGUAUUUGGUUUGUUAUAACCAAUUUAUUGAUGUGAUUAGGAUAUGCUAUAGGUCAGGCCCUAUUGUUACGUGCAUGUGAUGCAUACAUGUGUACGUAAAGAGAGCAAGGGUUGAGGGAAUAGGGAAUGUUUAUCAUAAGCAAAUGAGGGAUUUUGGUAACAGAACUUUUCAGUAAAAAAUGGCUGUAAUUGUGUUGCAGCUUCAGCAACAUAGACAGCGCAAUAAACACUGUUGAAGUUCUGUAGUGGUCGCUGCAGCAUAGAGGAGAGAGAGACAACGGGUGCUAGUCACACAGUCACUCACUGUAAUUUUUCUUAACACAGGGCAGCAAGUCUGAGCACAAUCAAAUCAAUUUCGGUCAGACUGCCUCUAGUCAUUUGUGUGUCUUAAUUAUUUAAUUGAACAGUGCGCUUAAAGCAUCAGACAAGCUCAGUGCAUAAAGUUGAUUUGAUUAAAAGACAUAGGAUGUGUCUAUAUAUGGAAAAAUAUACGUUUAAAAAUGUUUACCAAUCGAUUGUUCGAAAGAACAGACGACUCUUGGUCGACCAAGAUUUUUAGUCUGGGACAGCCCUAGUCAGCACGUGUGUGUGUGUGUGAGAGAGAGAGAGAGAAUGUGUCAGCGAAUGUGUGUUGAUUCUCAUCAGUGUCCCUGUAGAUUCUCUAUUUCACUUGUUUAAACAAUGUCAGAGUCUGUUCAGCUUACCAAGAGAGGGAGGGAGUGAGGGAAAGAGGGAGGGAAAGAGAGAUGGUAGGAACUCUUCCUCCAGGAACACUGUCCACUAUGCAGACUGUCUGUCUGUCCUGCCAGUAGCUCAGAUGAUGUCCCUAGCUGUUGUCUUCUCUCUUUUCAGUAUCUGAUGGUCUCUAACCCUGCCAUGUUUUAUCUGUUCUCUCUCAGGUUUCUCCAUCAAAGUGCAGCAGGUCCACCCCGCCCUGAUCCAGAGGCAGUAUGGGUAAGGAGCAACCACUGGACACAUUCGAGCGGAUACAUUUUGUCAAGUCGGUGACCAUUGUUGUUCACCGCCUUUUAAAGUGUGUUGCAUUAUGAUUAUGAAAAUUGUUGCAUUAUGAUUAUGAAAAUGGUUGCAUUAUGAUUAUGAAAAUUGUCUGACGUGAUCAAAUGUCCUGCAGUUUUUGAUGAGGUUGCUGCAGUUGCUUCUCACCAACUGCACAAUGCAGCCAUCACCUGCAUAGUGGGAGUCACUAUUUGUCAACCAAUCAUUAGGGUGUUUUUGUUUGACCCACUCAAACGUGGCCAAAGACGUAACUGAAACAGGAACCAACUUUGCCACGAUUCUAAAGCUUCAGGGCAUACAAAUGAAAAUGAUAUUUGAGACCUCUAAUCAAUUAAUUUUAAACACGUUAUGUUUUCAGUUUGUGAGUGUGUGAUAUGGAGGUAUAGAGAAGUUUAUUUCUACAUUUAUACAGAAAAACAUUUGUAAACAAUGUUAUAGUAAUUUGGUGGGUGAUUAUAUUUGUCCUAUCGACAGAUUUUUCACCCCGACUCGGAUUUGAAACAAUCAACCUUUCGGUUACUGGCCCAAAGCUCUAACCACUAGGCUACCUGCCGCCCUAAUCAAAAACUUUCUGUUGGAAAAUAAGCGACCUUUCGGUUACUGGCCCAACGCUCUAACCGCUAGGUUACCUAACCGCUAGGCUACCUGCCAUGUUGAUCUGAGCCUUGCUGUUUGAAAAUCACUACAGUGUCCCACUUUCGGCUGUCGCAGAUGCACCUCCCCCGACUUAACUCGCCGACUUUUGUCUACAGUCGUGAUCAAAAGUUUUGAGAAUGACACAAAUAUUAAUUUUCACAAAGUCUGCUGCCUCAGUUUUUAUGAUGGCAAUUUGCAUAUAAUCCAGAAUGUUAUGAAGAGUGAUCAGAUGAAUUGCAAAGUCCCUCUUUGCCAUGAAAAUGAACUUAAUCCCUCAAAAACAUUUCCACUGCAUUUCAGCCCUGCCACAAAAGGACCAGCUGACAUCAUGUCAGUGAUGCUCUCGUUAACACAGGUGAGAGUGUUGACGAGGACAAGGCUGGAGAUCACUCUGUCAUGCUGAUUGAGUUAGAAUAACAGACUGGAAGCUUUAAAAGGAGGGUGGUGCUUGAAAUCAUUGUUCUUCCUCUGUUAACCAUGGUUACCUGCAAGGAAACACGUGCCGUCAUCAUUGCUUUGCACAAAAAGGGCUUCAAAGGCAAGGAUAUUGCUGCUAGUAAGAUUGCACCUAAAUCAACCAUUUAUCGGAUCAUCAAGAACUUCAAGGAGAGAGGUUCAAUUGUUGUGAAGAAGGCUUCAGGGUGCCCAAGAAAGUCCAGCAAGCGCCAGGACCGUCUCCUAAAGUUGAUUCAGCUGCGGGAUCGGGGCACCACCAGUGCAGAGCUUGCUCAGGAAUGGCAGCAGGCAGGUGUGAGUACAUCUGCACGCACAGUGAGGCGAAGACUUUUGGAGGAUGGCCUGGUGUCAAGAAGGGCAGCGAGGAAGCCACCUCUCCAGGAAAAACAUAAUGGACAGACUGAUAUUCUGCAAAAGGUACAGGGAUUGGACUGCUGAGGACUGGGGUGAAGUCAUUUUCUCUGAUGAAUCCCCUUUACGAUUGUUUGGGGCAUCUGGAAAAAAGCUUGUCCGGAGAAGACAAGGUGAGCACUACCAUCAGUCCUGUGUCAUGCCAACAGUAAAGCAUCCUGAGACCAUUCAUGUGUGGGGUUGCUUCUCAGCCAAGGGAGUGGGCUCACUCACAAUUUUGCCUAAGAAAACAGCCAUGAAUAAAGAAUGGUACCAACACAUCCUCCGAGAGCAACUUCUCCCAACCAUCCAAGAACAGUUUGGUGACGAACAAUGCCUUUUCCAGCAUGAUGGAGCACCUUGCCAUAAGGCAAAAGUGAUAACUAAGUGGCUCGGGGAACAAAACAUCAACAUUUUGGGUCCAUGGCCAGGAAACUCCCUAGACCUUAAUCCCAUUGAGAACUUGUGGUCAAUCCUCAAGAGGCGGGUGGACAAACAAAAACCCACAAAUUCUGACAAACUCCAAGCAUUGAUUAUGCAAGAAUGGGCUGCCAUCAGUCAGGAUGUGGCCCAGAAGUUAAUUGACAGCAUGCCAGGGCGGAUUGCAGAGGUCUUGAAAAAGAAGGGUCAACACUGCAAAUAUUGACUCUUUGCAUAAACUUAAUGUAAUUGUCAAUAAAAGCCUUUGACACUUAUGGAAUGCUUGUAAUUAUACUUCAGUAUACCAUAGUAACAUCUGACAAAAACAUCUAAAAACACUGAAGCAGCAAACUUUGAAGACCAAUACUUGUGUCAUUCUCAAAACUUUGGAAUACGACUGUACAGUCUGCUUUGUUUGUCUGUCAUCUCUUUCCCUUAUCUGUUCUCUUCAUCGCUUCCUCCCAUCUCCUCUGUUACCAAUGCCAUACACACAGUCUUUUCUGUUGUCUUUUUCUCCUUCUGGUCACCUGUCUGUCCCUCUUUCUAUCUGUCUAUCUGUGUCUAACGUGAGAUGCCUGGGCUUCCAAGGCUAAUCUUUGUCUGUCUGUUUAGUUGUGUGUUCAUCCCUUUGAUGUUGUAACUGAUAGUCCCAAUGGUCUCUCUCAUGGGAACAAACAACGUGCUGUAUGUUUGUGCUCUACCAAUAAGGUCCUCGCUCUCUUUUAUUUGUAAUUUGUUUUAAAUCCUGUCUCUCUCAUACAAUGGUCUCUCUCAUGCAGUCUGAGAAUGACCCUUCCCUCAGCCAGCUGUGCUACCAUCAGUUACAAGAGAACAGAACUCAGUGAGAAUACCCUGAUUCCUGCCUGCUUCACUUAACUGGCUGGCCUGCUGUUGUUUCCUAACAUGGCUGCAUUUGGACAUUGGGAUAUUCUUAGCCUGCUUAUGGCUCUCUUUCUCUCCCUCCUCCCUCUGUAUCUUUCCUUCAUAUUCUUAUCUAGCUCUAGUAUCUCGCAGAGACGCGAGAAAGAGGAGCUUUGCAGUCACCGAGUAUCUAUAGCUCUAGCUCUCGAGACUCUCUCUUCUAUCAGAUCUCGCUGAUCUCUCUUCUAUAUAUCUCUUCUCUAUUCUAUCGAUAUACUCUCUACGGCUUCUCUCUCGCUCUCUCGCUCAUACUUCUCGCUCUCUCUACUCGCUACUCUCUCCUCUCUCUCUAUCUCUCUCUCUCUCUCUCUCUCUCUCUCUCUCUCUCUCUCUCUCUCUCUCUCUCUCUCUCUCUCUCUCUCUCUCUCUCUCUCUCUCUCUCUCUCUCUCUCUCUCUCUCUCUCUCUCUCUCUCUCUCUCUCUCUGUGUGUCUCUCAUUAAGUUAGUAAGAAGUCCCAUUCUUACUUUGGUUGACCUACACAGGGCGAUGAGCUGCUAGUCAAACCAUUACAACUCCUCCCUACACACACACUUCUUCCAGGGAAUGAGUGUGUUGUGAAAACAGGCUGAGUAGAGAGGGGGGGGGGGGGUAGCCUGUGAGUCUUGGUGUGAUAUAUAGGUGUACAGUGGCAUGGGAUGUGUGUGUGUGUGUGUUUGUUCUUGUGUGAGGAAGAGCACUGUUGACACAUAUACCCUGUUGAAACCCUGUUUCAAGCAACUCACUCUCAUGCUGAUCAGUGUCAGUCUGGUUCUGAAUAUUCAGUACCAAAGUUAUUGCAGUGAUCUACUUCAGAACGGAAGCCUGCUAACUCACUCUGUUUAACCCAUAAACAAAACAUUUCUCUGGCAUCUAAUUGGUCAGAAGUGAGAUAACCAGAGCUGUCCAUGUCUUCUGAUGAGUGCUAUACUAUAUUAGGCUAAAUUACAAUUUCCUAUUCUGUGAGGCCGGUCUGGUUGGGCUGUGUGUUCUGUAGACUAGAGCAGUAGCAGAGAUUGUGAUAGGCCCUUCAAACCCCCACGCCUCACAGGGCUAUUAAUAUUGCAGCCGCCAGCCCUCAAUUAUUGAAUGAUAUAUUGAGUGAUAAGGGAAUUGAGGCUGACCCAGAUGAGCCUCUGAAUGAAUGAUGGCGGACUGAUUGAAUGUCUCCUUCAGAGAACCAAUGUACAAUUAAAGCACAAGUUCUCCAUCUCCUCUACUGGGUUUGAUCAUGAUAAUAUCACUGUCUGUCUGCCACCACAAUGAAAAUUACUUGCUCUUUCUUCAUCUUCUGUGGAAGUCACUAGGGAUAGAGUUUUCACUUGUGUCACUUGUGUGGCUCAGUUGGUUGAGCAUGGCACUUGUACCGCCAGGGUUCUGGGUUCGAUUCCCAAGGGGGAUAAUUUGAUUUACACAACAUGCCUACCACUUUGAAGAUGCAAAAUAUUUGUUAUUGUGAAACAAACAAGAAAAAAGAAAAGAAAAAAGAACUUGAGCGUGCAUAACUAUUCACCCCCCAAAGUCAAUACUUUGUAGAGCCACCUUUUGCAGCAAUUACAGCUGCAAGUCUCUUGGGGUAUGUCUCUAUAAGCUUGGCACAUCUAGCCACUGGGAUUUUUGCCCAUUCUUCAAGGCAAAACUGCUCCAGCUCCUUCAAGUUGGAUGGGUUCCGCUGGUGUACAGCAAUCUUUAAGUCAUACCACAGAUUCUCAAUUGGAUUGAGGUCUGGGCUUUGACUAGGCCAUUCCAAGACAUUUAAAUGUUUCCCUUAAACCACUCAAGUGUUACUUUAGCAGUAUGCUUAGGGUCAUUAUCCUGCUGGAAGGUGAACCUCCGUCCCAGUCUCAAAUCUCUGGAAGACUGAAACAGGUUUCCCUCAAGAAUUUCCCUGUAUUUAGUGCCAUCCAUCAUUCCUUCAAUUCUGACCAGUUUCCCAGUCCUUGCCGAUGAAAAACAUCCCCACAUCAUGAUGCUGCCACCACCAUGCUACACUGUGGGGAUGGUGUUCUCGGGGUGAUGGGUUUGCACCAGACAUAGCGUUUUCCUUGAUGGCCAAAAAGCUCAAUUUUAGUCUCAUCUGACCAGAGUACCUUCUUCCAUAUGUUUGGGGAGUUUUGGCAAACACCAAACGUGUUUGCUUAUUUUUUUCUUUAAGCAAUGGCUUUUUUCUGGCCACUCUUCUGUAAAGCCCAGCUCUGUGGAGUGUACGGCUUAAAGUGGUCCUAUGGACAGAUACUCCAAUCUCCGCUGUGGAGCUUUGCAGCUCCUUCAGGGUUAUCUUUGGUCUCUUUGUUGCCUCUCUGAUUAAUGCCCUCCUUGCCUGGUCCAUGAGUUUUGCUGGGCGGCCCUCUCUUGGCAGGUUUGUUAUGGUGCCAUAUUCUUUCAAUUUUUAAAUAAUGGAUUUAAUGGUGCUCCGUGGGAUGUUCAAAGUUUCUGAUAUUUUUUUAUAACCCAACCCUGAUCUGUACUUCUCCACAACUUUGUCCCUGACCUGUUUGGAGAGCUCCUUGGUCUUCGUGGUGCCGCUUGCUUGGUGGUGCCCCUUGCUUAGUGGUGUUGCAGACUCUGGGGCCUUUCAGAACAGGUGUAUAUAUACUGAGAUCAUGUGACAGAUCAUGUGACACUUAAAUUCACACAGGUGGACUUUAUUUAACUAAUUAUGUGACUUCUGAAGGUAAUUGGUUGCACCAGAUCUUAUUUAGGGGCUUCAUUGCAAAGGGGGUGAAUACAUAUGCACGCACCCCUUUUCCGUUAUUUAUUUUUUAGAAUUCUUUGAAAUAAGUUAUUUUUUUCAUUUCACUUCACCAAUUUGGACUAUUUUGUGUAUGUCCAUUACAUGAAAUCCAAAUAAAAAUCGAUUGAAAUUACAGGUUUUAAUGCAACAAAAUAGGAAAAACGCCAAGGGGGAUGAAUACUUUUGCAAGGCACUGUAUGCACUUACUACUGUGUCGCUCUGGAUAAGAGCAUCUGAUAAAAUGACAAAAAUGUUAAAAAAAAUGGAGAUUCAUCAAUAUUCAUGAAGCCUUGACUACCCUGUCAAAACACCAAUGCCCCAAAAACACACCCAAACUUUUGUCAGUAAGUAAGCACCAUUAUCUCAGAGCUAAUACUGUCAGACUCCUCCUGUGGGGAGUUCCUCCUUCUUAUCUCUAGGACCCUCUCUGUCUUUAGGACCCUCUCUGUCUUUAGGACCCUCUCUGUCUCUAGGACCCUCUCUGUCUCUAGGACCCUCUCUGUCUCUAGGACCCUCUCUGUCUCUAGGACCCUCUCUGUCUUUAGGACCCUCUCUGUCUCUAGGACCCUCUCUGUCUCUAGGACCCUCUCUGUCUCUAGGACCCUAUCUGUCUCUAGGACCCUCUCUGUCUCUAGGACCCUCUCUGUCUCUAGGACCCCUGAGGCACCAUCUGUUCCAGCUAGCUGGCAGGGCGCUGACAGAGAAGUGAGAUUAAGGCACUUAAUUCAAAUUCUGUUCUUUUUUUGAAGGAGGUGGCCGGGCAGGUGUGGUGUGGUGUUUGAAGGACUGAGGUGUGUUUCCUGUUGAAACACAGAGAUAGGGUGGGGUUGGAGGAGGGGAGUUGGGGGGGGGGGGUAUUAGGGGCUCAGUCACUGCACACACACCUGUGGGGGGGGACAGACAGGACAGGAUGUGAGGGCUGGUGGGUGGAUGGGUGUGUGUGCAUUGUAAGUAGAGUUGUCCUUUGCUGCAGUGGCAGUGUUAGAAUGACUCAAACUGAGCCUCGCUGGUAAACAUCCUAUCAUCCUCCCAAACUCUUUCUCUCUCUCCCCCCUCCCUCCUUUAUCUUUUUUGCAGUCUCCUCGUUCCCUUAGCUUUUCCUUCCUUCCUUUCUCUUUCUUGCUCUUUCUGUCUCAAUUUCAAUUCAAUUUCAAUUUAAGGGGCUUUAUUGACAUGGGAAACAUAUGUUUACAUUGCCAAAGCAAGUGAAAUAAAUAAUAAAACAUUUACAGUAAACAUUACACUCACAAAAGUUCCAAAAUAAUAAAUACAUUUAAAGUGUCAUAUUAUGUCUAUAUACAGUGUUGUAAUGAUGUGCAAAUAGUUAAAGUACAAAAGGGAAAAUAAAUAAACAGAAAUAUAGGUUGUAUUUACAAUGGUGUUUGUUCUUCACUGGUUGCCCUUUUCUUGUGGCAACAGGUCACGAAUAUUGCUGCUGUGAUUGCACACUGUGGUAUUUCACCCAAUAGAAAUGGGAGUUUAUCAAAAUUGGAUUGUGGGUCUUUGUAAUCUGAGGGACAUAUGUGUCUCUAAUAUGGUCAUACAUUUGGGAGGAAGUUAGGAAGUGCAGCUCAGUUUCCACCUAAUUUUGUGAGCUGUGUGCACAUAGCCUGUCUUCUCUUGAGAGCCAGGUCUGCCUUCGGCAGCCUUUCUCAAUACAUUUACAUUUACAUUUACGUCAUUUAGCAGACGCUCUUAUCCAGAGCGACUUACAAAUAGGUGCAUUCACCUUAUAGCCAGUGGGAUCACCACUUUACAAUGUUUUUUUAUUUUUUAUUUUUAUUUAAAAAAAAUUGUUUUUGGGUUGGGGUAAGGGGGGGGGGGGGUAGAAGGAUUACUUUAUCCUAUCCCAGGUAUUCCUUAAAGAGGUGGGGUUUCAAAUGUCUCCGGAAGGUGGUGAGUGACUCCGCUGUCCUGGCGUCGUGAGGGAGCUUGUUCCACCAUUGGGGUGCCAGAGCAGCGAACAGUUUUGACUGGGCUGGGCGGGAACUAUGCUUCCGCAGAGGUAGGGGAGCCAGCAGGCCAGAGGUGGAUGAACGCAAUGCCCUCGUUUGGGUGUAGGGACUGAUCAGAGCCUGAAGGUACGGAGGUGCCGUUCCCCUCACAGCUCCGUAGGCAAGCACCAUGGUCUUGUAGCAGAUGCGAGCUUCAACUGGAAGCCAGUGGAGUGUGCGGAGGAGCGGGGUGACGUGAGAGAACUUGGGAAGGUUGAACACCAGACGGGCUGCGGCAUUCUGGAUGAGUUGUAGGGGUUUAAUGGCACAGGCAGGGAGCCCAGCCAACAGCGAGUUGCAGUAAUCCAGACGGGAGAUGACAAGUGCCUGGAUUAGGACCUGUGCCGCUUCCUGUGUAAGGCAGGGUCGUACUCUCCGAAUGUUGUAGAGCAUGAACCUACAGGAUCGGGUCACCGCCUUGAUGUUAGCAGAGAACGACAGGGUGUUGUCCAGGGUCACGCCAAGGCUCUUAGCACUCUGGGAGGAGGACACAACGGAGUUGUCAACCGUGAUGGCGAGAUCAUGGAACAGGCAGUCCUUCCCCGGGAGGAAGAGCAGCUCCGUCUUGCCAAGGUUCAGCUUGAGGUGGUGAUCCGUCAUCCAUACUGAUAUGUCUGCCAGACAUGCAGAGAUGCAAUUCGCCACCUGGUUAUCAGAAGGGGGAAAGGAGAAGAUUAGUUGUGUGUCGUCAGCGUAGCAAUGAUAGGAGAGGCCAUGUGAGGAUAUGACAGAGCCAAGUGACUUGGUGUAUAGCGAGAAUAGGAGAGGGCCUAGAACUGAGCCCUGGGGGACACCAGUGGUGAGAGCACGUGGUGCGGAGACAGCUUCUCGCCACGCCACUUGGUAGGAGCGACCGGUCAGGUAGGACGCAAUCCAAGAGUGAGCCGCGCCGGAGAUGCCCAGCUCGGAGAGGGUGGAGAGGAGGAUCUGAUGGUUCACAGUAUCAAAGGCAGCAGACAGGUCUAGAAGGACAAGAGCAGAGGAGAGAGAGUUGGCUAUGCUCACUGGAUCUGUACAUAGUCAAAGAUUUCCUUAAUUUUGGGUCAGUCACAGUUGUCAGGUAUUCUGCCACUGUGUACUCUCUGUUUAGGGCCAAAUAGCAUUGUAGUUUGCGCAUUUUUUUAAAAAUUAUUUCCAAUGUGUCAAGUAAUUAUCUUUUUGUUUUCUCAUGAUUUGGUUGGGUCUAAUUGUGUUGCUGUCCUGGGGCUCUGUGGGGUCUGUUUGUGUUUGUGAACAGAGCAUCAGGACCAGCUUGCUUAGGGGGCUCUUCUCCAGGUUCAUUUCUCUGUAGGUUAUGGCUUUGUUAUUGAAGGUUUGGGAAUCGCUUCCUUUUAGGUGGUUGUAGAAUUUAAAGGCUGAUGUACAUACAGUGGGGGAAAAAAGUAUUUAGUCAGCCACCAAUUGUGCAAGUUCUCCCACUUAAAAAGAUGAGAGAGGCCUGUAAUUUUCAUCAUAGGUACACGUCAACUAUGACAGAAAAAAUGAGGGAAAAAAAUCCAGAAAAUCACAUUGUAGGAUUUUUUAUGAAUUUAUUUGCAAAUUAUGGUGGAAAAUAAGUAUUUGGUCACCUACAAACAAGCAAGAUUUCUGGCUCUCACAGACCUGUAACUUCUUCUUUAAGAGGCUCCUCUGUCCUCCACUCGUUACCUGUAUUAAUGGCACCUGUUUGAACUUGUUAUCAGUAUAAAAGACACCUGUCCACAACCUCAAACAGUCACACUCCAAACUCCACUAUGGCCAAGACCAAAGAGCUGUCAAAGGACACCAGAAACAAAAUUGUAGACCUGCACCAGGCUGGGAAGACUGAAUCUGCAAUAGGUAAGCAGCUUGGUUUGAAGAAAUCAACUGUGGGAGCAAUUAUUAGGAAAUGGAAGACAUACAAGACCACUGAAAAUCUCCCUCGAUCUGGGGCUCCACGCAAGAUCUCACCCCGUGGGGUCAAAAUGAUCACAAGAAUGGUGAGCAAAAAUCCCAGAACCACACGGGGGGACCUAGUGAAUGACCUGCAGAGAGCUGGGACUAAAGUAACAAAGCCUACCAUCAGUAACACACUACGCCGCCAGGGACUCAAAUCCUGCAGUGCCAGACGUGUCCCCCUGCUUAAGCCAGUACAUGUCCAGGCCCGUCUGAAGUUUGCUAGAGUGCAUUUGGAUGAUCCAGAAGAGGAUUGGGAGAAUGUCAUAUGGUCAGAUGAAACCAAAAUAGAACUUUUAGGUAAAAACUCAACUCGUCGUGUUUGGAGGACAAAGAAUGCUGAGUUGCAUCCAAAGAACACCAUACCUACUGUGAAGCAUGGGGGUGGAAACAUCAUGCUUUGGGGCUGUUUUUCUGCAAAGGGACCAGGACGACUGAUCCGUGUAAAGGAAAGAAUGAAUGGGGCCAUGUAUCGUGAGAUUUUGAGUGAAAACCUCCUUCCAUCAGCAAGGGCAUUGAAGAUGAAACGUGGCUGGGUCUUUCAGCAUGACAAUGAUCCCCAAACACACCGCCCGGGCAACGAAGGAGUGGCUUCGUAAGAAGCAUUUCAAGGUCCUGGAGUGGCCUAGCCAGUCUCCAGAUCUCAACCCCAUAGAAAAUCUUUGGAGGGAGUUGAAAGUCUGUGUUGCCCAGCGACAGCCCCAAAACAUCACUGCUCUAGAGGAGAUCUGCAUGGAGGAAUGGGCCAAAAUACCAGCAACAGUGUGUGAAAACCUUGUGAAGACUUACAGAAAACAUUUGACCUGUGUCAUUGCCAACAAAGGGUAUGUAACAAAGUAUUGAGAAACUUUUGUUAUUGACCAAAUACUUAUUUUCCACCAUAAUUUGCAAAUAAAUUCAUUAAAAAUCCUACAAUAUGAUUUUCUGGAAAAAAAAAUCUAAUUUUGUCUGUCAAUGUUGACGUGUACCUAUGAUGAAAAUUACAGGCCUCUCUCAUCUUUUUAAGUGGGAGAACUUGCACAAUUAGUGGCUGACUAAAUACUUUUUUUCCCCACUGUAUUAUGUGUGCUUGAUGGAACUCUUUACAUACAGUAUACAGGGGCAUCUUAGUUGGCUAAUACUAUGCCAAAGCAAGCACUGCUCGAAAGCUGAGUGUUCAAUGCCGUGUCAGUCAUUCACUGCUGCCGGCCUCUGUCUCUCUCUCUCUCUCUCUCUCUCGCUCCCCCCGCUGACUCCCACCUCCCAACACAUGACCUUUUGUGUCACCAGAACUAUUAAAAGCUGCAGCAUCCUAAGGCAUGAUAGAUAUGGUGGGUGAUCCUUCACCUCUUCUUGCUAUCUCUCCAUCCUUCCCCCUCUCUCUCUCUCUCUCUCUCUCUCUCUCUCUCUCUCUCUCUCUCUCUCUCUCUCUCUCUCUCUCUCUCUCUCUCUCUCUCUCCCACUCACUGCAGCCUUGGCUUAGUUGAAAUGGACAGUAGGAGAGAGGAAGCGACUAGUGAGGGAGUGUAGCGAGGAAGAGGAGAGCUCAGUGAGGUUCUUCUGCUCUCACGGGUCUGUUAGUGAGUGUACUGCAUACCCACGCUGCCUGCUGCACCAAUCAAUCCUGUCUUGCUGCCCUCUCUCUCUCCUGCACCUGUAUGUGUGUGGUUAUGUGUAUAGGUUUCUGUGUGUACUGUACGUGUAUGUGUGUGGUUAUGGGUAUAGGUUUCUGUGUGUACUGUACGUGUACUUGUAUGUGUGUGGUUAUGUGUAUAGGUUUCUGUGUGUACUGUAUGUGUAUGUGUUUGGUUAUGUGUAUAGGUUUCUGUGUGUACUGUAUGUGUAUGUGUGUGGUUAUGUGUAUAGGUUUCUUUGUGUACUGUACGUGUAUAUUUGUGUACAUUGUUGUGCAUUGUCUACUGUAGGUGUGUGUUUUGUUUUUACUGCACAUUUGUGUAUGCCACUUCAUGAUUCGGUGUGUGUGUGUGUGUGUGUGUGUAAGGUAGCACAACAAGUUCAGUCAGAAACAACAAGAGAGAAAGAGACAGAGGGAGGCGGACAGAGGGAGGCGGACAGAGGGAGGCGGACAGAGGGAGGCGGACAGAGGGAGGCGGACAGAGGGAGGCAGGCAGACAGAGGGAGGCAGGCAGGCAGGCAGACAGAGGGAGGCAGGCAGGCAGGCAGACAAAGGGAGGCAGGCAGGCAGGCAGACAAAGGGAGGCAGGCAGGCAGGCAGACAGAGGGAGGCAGGCAGGCAGACAGAGGGAGGCAGGCAGGCAGACAGAGGGAGGCAGGCAGACAGAGGGAGGCAGGCAGACAGAGGGAGGCAGGCAGACAGAGGGAGGCAGGCAGACAGAGGGAGGCAGGCAGACAGAGGGAGGCAGGCAGACAAAGGGAGGCAGGCAGACAGAGGGAGGCAGGCAGACAGAGGGAGGCAGGCAGACAGAGGGAGGCUAUCUCAGUGUGUGUGUGUGUUAGUCUGCCACUGAGGACGUGAGACGAGGGGAGGCGUAGCUCCCUCAUACGAUGCCACUGUCACAUUCGAUCCAUCAGCCUGAUGCACAGGGCAGAACAUGCCAGCAGCUCAACACAGCACAACACAGACAGACAGAGGAGACUUGUGUUUCCAGUGUGUGGGGCAGUUGUUCUUUGGUCCUUUGUCAGUAGUGUGUGCGUUAGACUCUGUUUGUUUCUCCCUCUGUGUUUUGGUGUAAGCAGCUCUGAGCCCUCAUUACCUCUCCUAACUGCUGAUCUGGAGACAGUCUCAGCCAUUAGGUUAUUAUUGGGUAAAGAAAGAAUAAGGUCAUGGAUUUGGACAGGCCAAGCUGAUCCAGCGACAGUUAUUAUUACAAAUGUUGGAUAUAGACCACCUCCUAUUGUUCUGUCACUUCUUGCGCAACAGUUCUGAUCUAUUUUUGCAGCUGUCAGUGGAACUGAAGCAGGUUAGGUUUAUAAGUGGGCAGCCUAAGGCAAGGUGAAUUGUGGGUAGACAACAGUAUUGUAUGUACCCUUUAAUUACAAUGGCUCAGAAUCCUACUGAUGCUGUAGUGUGUGCUAUCAUGUGUACAUUUUUUUUUUUACCUUUAUUUUACCAGGUAAAUUGACUGAGAACACAUUCUCAUUUACAGCAACGACCUGGGGAAUAGUUACAGGGGAGAGGAGGAGGGAUGAAUGAGCCAAUUGGAAGCUGGGGAUGAAUAGGUGGCCAAGAUGGUAUCAGGGCCAGAUUGGGAAUUUAGCCAGGACACCGGGGUUAACACCCCUACUCUUACGAUAAGUGUCAUGGGAUCUUUAGUGACCACAGAGAGUCAGGACACCCGUUUAACGUCCCAUCCGAAAGACGACACCCUCCUACUAGCCCUCCAACACCACUUCCAGCAGCAUCUGGUCUCCCAUCCAGGGACCAACCAGGACCAACCCUGGUUAGUGGGAUACUGUGUGUGGGAUACUGUGUGUGGGAAACUGUGUGUGGGAUAAUGUAUGUGGGAUACUGUGUGUGGGAAACUGUGUGUGGGAAACUGUGUGUGGGAUACUGUGUGUGGGAUACUGUGUGUGGGAAACUGUGUGUGGGAUACUGUGUGUGGGAAACUGUGUGUGGGAUACUGUGUGUGGGAUACUGUGUGUGGGAUACUGUGUGUGGGAUACUGUGUGUGGGAUACUGUGUGUGGGAUACUGUGUGUGAUACUGUGUGUGGGAAACUGUGUGUGGGAUACUGUGUGUGGGAUACUGUGUGUGGGAUACUGUGUGUGGGAUACUGUGUGUGGGAUACUGUGUGUGGGAUACUGUGUGUGGGAUACUGUGUGUGGGAUACUGUGUGUGGGAAACUGUGUGUGGGAAACUGUGUGUGGGAAACUGUGUGUGGGAUACUGUGUGUGGGAUACUGUGUGUGGGAAACUGUGUGUGGGAUACUGUGUGUGGGAAACUGUGUGUGGGAUACUGUGUGUGGGAAACUGUGUGUGGGAAACUGUGGGUGGGAAACUGUGGGUGGGAAACUGUGGGUGGGAUACUGUAUGUGGGAUACUGUGGGUGGGGUACUGUGGGUGGGAUACUGUGUGUGGGAUACUGUAUGUGGGAUACUGUGGGUGGGAUACUGUGGGUGGGUUACUGUGGGUGGGAUACUGUGGGUGGGAUACUGUGGGUGUGGGUGGGCGUACUAUCAUGUGUACUGUGAGUGUUUUUGACAUUCUCUCAUGGCUAUGAUAAUUCAUUGUACACCAGGGACUCAGAAUGUGUACUAUUUCAAGUGUUUGCAGUGGUGGUGAUAAUUAUGAGGGGGGGGAAAGGGGAUUCUGUCCUCUCUUGAGCGUUUUGAAAUGGUGGUGAGGGAUAUUGUGGAUGUGUGUAUAACUCUCCUACACAGUAGGUUCGUCUGUCCUUAUUUGUGGCCUUAGGCCCAUGUGAAAUGUGGGUAAACAAUAGUACUGUAUGUCCCCUGUAAUUACAGUGGUGUGGUAUAUAAUCCACAGAUACUGUAAAUAAACUGUCUGUUUGCGUAUGCCUCUUUCUCCACGAUGGCUGAGCCUUAUGUGCUUGUGUGUGUGUGUGUGUGUGUGUGUGUGUGUGUGUGUGUGUGUGUGUGUGUGUGUACACUAAUGUAUAACUGUAUUAUAAACACUAAUGUAUUACUAUCUUUCUGUCCGUCUGUCUCUUCAGAUUGGCCCAGCAGUAUAUGUACCCCCAGGCCUUCCUCCAGCCCAGCCUGGUGCUCCAGUCCCAUCUCAGCCCCUCUCAGGCCUCCCUCACUUCCCCAUAUCUGGAUUACAGCUCAGCCUAUGUCCCCUACACCCCCUCCCCCUCCGCUAGAUACCUCAGCUACCACUACUCCCCCGCCACACCUGGUCCCACCAUUUCCGCCCCCCUUACCCCACCCACGCCCAUCCACCCCUCCCUCAACACUUUUGCUGGCCUCUCUGUCCCCCCUGCUGCCUGCCUCCAAUACACCCUCCACCAGCCUGACCACAUGCAGUGAGGUCGGGCCUGGGAGAGGGAGGUGUGGUGAUGUGGGGUGAGGGUGACCGAAGAGGGGCACUGAUGACAACAUGUAUGGAGACUUGGAACAGGAUGCUUAUUGAGCUCUGACCUGUGACAUCAUCAGUACGAGACUCCUGACAACCGAUGAGAGAGUGGGGUCAGAAUCCAAAGGGCUUUGUGAAAACAGAACAAAACACACUGGGACGUCGUCCUGUUUUUCUAUUAGAGUUAUUAUCCAUUAUUGUUUUCUUAGUUGUUACUAUGCUACUAUUGCUGCUGUCGCCAACGUUUAUAUGAAUGUUUUUAGCUAAUGAUGGAAGUAAGAGCUCUCCCUGUGUCCAAUGCCAAACAUGAUGGAGUCAAUGGAACAUGAGAACUGAAAGAGGGGAAUUAAUGAUUCUGAAGGUUGGGCGAAGAUGGGUUGGGUAGCCAUUAUAUUUAACUAGAUGCUCCGCCUCACUCUUCUAGAAGUAGUACUGAACGUUUCACUAGCGAGGUGAGAGAGGCAGCAUCCUCUUCUGGACGUUCUUCGGGAAUACCUUUCUCUACGUGGCCUUAUAACCUCUCUCUACGUUCUAUCUAUUCUUUACAUUUCAGUCUGUCUGUCAGAUUGUUUGUCUGGCCGUCUGUCCAUCGGCUCUCUUUCCAUUUUCCAUGUCCUCCAUGAUUGCAAGUAAAUUAUUGCAGAUUGAGAAUCACACUUUCACUAAAUAUGCAAUUAUUAUUCUAAUGGAGUAUGGGAUGAAUAUGUAUAAGGUAGACAACACUGUAACAUAUGCUUUUUAUAUCAUUGUUACUCUAACAUAAUCAUGUCAAGGCAGAAUUGUGUAAAGAAGGUAUUUCCAUAUUCAUGUUUAUCAUCAUUAGAGACCUGCAGCAGCUGGGGUAACUGACUAUCUCAGUAUUGUUUAAAGUAAGCAGAGGAAGAAACUACAGGCUAAUGGAGGCUGAAUGGAGGAUGUACUAUUUGGUAUUGGAAUAGUAAUGUUAUAACAAUCGAAGAGUUGUCCAUCAGGUAAAGUGAGUUGAUCUCUGCUAGAACCUUCAUGUCCAUGCUUGACUGACUGAUGCUAUGGGCUAUACUCAUACAGUGUGUAUGUGUGUGUGUAUACGUAAAAUGUAUGCACGCAUGACUAAGUCGCUUUGGAUAAAAGCAUCAGCUAAAUGGCAUAUAUAUAUAUAUAUAUGUAUGUAUGUAUGUAUAUGUGUGUGAUACAGUAGUUGUCUGUGUGUGAGUCAGUGAGUGCAUGUCAGUGUAAGAGUCGUGUGUGUUUUUGUUAGCCUCGGUGUCAGCCCCCGGCCCCCAUUGUAAGCCAUUGUGAUAGUCAGUGUUCUGCCAUUGUCUCUGGGCCAGCUGCAGUUUAGGGUACCGAGCUGCUCCAGGAGUCUCUGUGCAGUACCACCUUAUUUACAUGUACAAUGAAGCCAUACAACCACGAGAAAUAUGUAUAAUAAAAAAAAAUAUGUUAUUACACAAAGUGACAUGAUUGUUUUUUGCAAACCAAAAUGGCAUGACGUGUAUAAGUGUUGGUCUGCAUGUUCUGGUACAUUCAUUCAGAUGAUGAUGUGUACAGUAUGUGCGAGUGUGUGUGGACACUGGAGGUCUGGAGUGUUUAGGUGGCCUACCAUUACCAUCCGUGCAGGACAUCUGUAUUGGGAGUGUGUGUGUGUGGUGGAAGUCUCUGUUUUUAAGAAGCCAUUUCCAGAAAAUAUUAUUCAAUAAAGAGAGAUAAACACUUGGAUUACACACAGUUACAGUAGACUUAAUUUCUACAACUCAUUUCAUUCUUCCCUUUAUUCAACCAAAUAAACAGUAAUUCAGUUAUAUCUAACUUUGGGAAAACACCCAUAGCCUUGACCCUCCCUACUCCAGCACACAGAUGCCGGAGUCUGGUGAGAGCUGGAACAGAGUAAACUGGAGCAGUCUAAUGCCCAUACUUAGUCAUCAUCACACACACACAUGUAUGUACACAUGCACCCAGACAUGCUAUAAGUCACUGAAAACAAGCCCAGAUUGCAAAAUGUCUCCAUUGUAUAGGGACACAGCACUGGCUAAAAUAAACACAUACCACCAUAUUGUUUUCUCUGUGUUUUAGAUCAGUGCUGAUGAAGGAGAGGAGACCGGGAAAGGAAGGCACUUUAGACAACCAAGAUGCACCUACUGAUGAUGUUCUGGUUGGUACAGCAGAGAAUGAAUGUACUCUUUAAUAUCCAUAGAAACCCUUCAGUGACGCAGAGAAACUGUAGCCGGCAGGCGCUAAAGCAAUCGCUCACUCCUGUGUGUCCCUAUAGGAAACCAUGGUGCUAUUGUUGUAUUCUCAGUGUGAUCUGGAUAUGUUUAUGGUUAGCCCCUUCAUAGAAUACAGAGAGAAAGGGAAGGGAAAACAUACAGUAAGAGAGAGAGAGAGAGAAAGCAUGAGAAAAGGGAGAAUUUAAGCUUAGAGCAGCAUUUGGGAACAUUAGUGUAGAAAUAAAGAGCAGGAACGGAACGUAGAAAGAAAGAGAGCAGAGACAGAAAGAGAAGUAGAGGAGAGUGGGGUAAGAUGAGCCAUUUUUUACAUUCAGCAUCACUCCGUCAAGGGAAAUAUAGUAUUAUUUCUAACAAAGAUACAGUUGAAGUCGGAAGUUUACAUACACUUAGGUUGGAUUCAUUAAAACUCGUUUUUCAACCACUCCACAAAUGUCUUGUUAACAAACUAUAGUUUUGGCAAGUCAGUUAGAACAUCUACUUUGUGCAUGACACAAGUAAUUUGUCCAACAAUUGUUUACAGACAGAUUAUUUCACUUAUAAUUCACUGUAUCACAAUUCCAGUGGGUCAGAAGUUUACAUACACUAAGUUGACUGUGUCUUUAAAUAGCUUGGAAAAUUCCAGAAAAUGAUGUCAUGGCUUUAGAAGCUUCUGAUAGGCUAAUUGACAUCAUUUGAGUCAAUUGGAGGUGUACCUGUGGAUGUAUUUCAAGGCCUACGUUCAAACUCAGUGCCUCUUUGCUUGACAUCAUGGGAAAAUCAAAAGAAAUCAGCCAAGACCUUAGAAAAACAUUUUUUGACCUCCACAAGUCUGGUUCAUCCUUGGGAGCAAUUUCCAAACGCCUGAAGGUACCACGUUCAUCUGUACAAACAAUAGUAUGCAAGUAUAAACACCAUGGGACCACGCAGCCGUCAUACCGCUCAGGAAGGAGACAGGUUCUGUCUCCUAGAGAUGAACGUACUUUGGUGCAAAAAGUGCAAAUCAAUCCCAGAACAACAGCAAAGGACCUUGUGAAGAUGCUGGAGGAAACAGGUACAAAAGUAUCUAUAUCCACAGUAAAACAAGUCCUAUAUCGACAUAACCUGAAAGGCUGCUCAGCAAGGAAGAAGCCACUGCUUCAAAACUGCCAUAAAAAAGCCAGACUACGGUUUGCAACUGCACAUGGGUCUUUCAAAUGGACAAUGACCCCAAGCAUACUUUCAAAGUUGUGGAAAAAUGGCUUAAGGACAACAAAGUCAAGGUAUUGGAGUGGCCAUCACAAAGCCCUGACUUCAAUCCUAUAGAAAAUGUGUGGGCAAAACUGAAAAAGCGUGUGCGAGCAAGGAGGCCUACAAACCUGACUCAGGUACAUCAGCUCUGUCAGGUGGAAUGGGCCAAAAUUCACCCAACUUAUUGUGGGAAGCUUGUGGAAGGCUACCCGAAACGUUUGACCCAAGUUAAACAAUUUAAAGGCAAUGCUACCAAAUACUAAUUGAGUGUAUGUAAACGUCUGACCCACUGGGAAUGUGAUGAAAGAAAUAAAAGCUGAAAUAAAUCAUUCUCUCUACUAUUAUUCUGACAUUUCACAUUCUUAAAAUAAAGUGGUGAUCCUAACUGACGAAAGACAGGGAAUGUUUACUAGGAUUAAAUGUCAGGAAUUGUGAAAAACUGAGUUUAAAUGUAUUUUGCUAAGGUGUAUGUAAACUUCUGACUUCAACUGUAUCUACAUAUACACUGAGUAUACAACACAUUAUGAACACCUGCUCUUUCCAUGACAUAGACUGACCAGGUGAAAGCUAUGAUCCCUUAUUGGUGUCACUUGUUAAAUCCACUUCCAUCAGUGUAGAUGAAAGGGAGGAGACAGGUUAAAGAAGGGUUUUGAAGCCUUGAGACAAUUGAGACAUGGAUUGUGUAUGUGUGCCAUUCAGAGGGUGAAUGGGCAAAACAAAAGAUUGAAGUGCCUUUGAAUGGGGUAUGGUAGUAGGUGCCAGGUGUACCAGUUUAUGUGAAGAACUGCAACGCUGCUGGGUUUUUCACGCUCAACAGUUUCUUGUGUGUAUCAAGAAUGGUCCACCACCCAAAGGACAUCCAGCCAACUUGAUACAACUGUGGGAAGCAUUGAAGUCAACAUGGGCUAGCAUCCCUGUGGAACGCUUUUGACACCUUAUAGAGUCCAUACCCUAUAAGGGGGACUCAACUUACCCCAUAGCCAUUGGCUCAACUUACUCCAAGGCAAACAUUUUGACUAUAUUAGCCCACACAGCUACAAUAAUGCACUUUCAUGCUAGGUUUAGGACCUCAUAUUGAAGCUUAUAGAGACCCCAACUGAUGUACAGAACAAUCUUAAAAUUAUCUACUUUGGUUCAGAUACAAGCAUCAUGAAACCUCUAACACAAUGCAUUCAUUAGACUUGGUGAAAAUCCAUCUUUUGGACCUAAUACUUGCUUACCACUUUUUCCAUGUGGUUUCUUCCUUCACAGAGUCCAUGAAAUGACCUCUUCCUACAUAUUUGGUAAAUUAUUAAUUUUGUGUGUGGUUUCCUAGAACCAAAGGUGGCUCAACUUACACCACUCUCCUCUAUGUUUCUGUAAACUGGCUCCCCACCAGGUUUCUUAUCACUCAAACGUGUCCCUCUGGGACUGGCCUCUCCCCUUUUCCCUCUUCCCUCCCCCCACUGUCUUACCCCUCCCUCAACCAUUUCCUCACCCCCUCCCUCCUUCCCUAUCUUCUACACCCCAUACCUGAACCAUGGUACAUUUGUUUAUUGUUCUGGUGAACCCUGCCCAUGAGUUGUUGAGCCACGGACAAUCAAGUCUACUGUAGUUCUGCUAUGUGUGACACAUAGAGAUAAAUAGAGAUAUAUAGAGGACUCAUCUUUCUAUCUGUGCCAUUCUAGCAUCUGUGACAGCAUGGGCAGCGCCAUUGAGGCUACAACCCAUAGGAAUCCCCACCCAGUUGACUACUUUAAAAUGGAGGAAGCAUGGUGGAAGCUGCCCAUGCUAAAACAGCCUUUUGCCACGAGAGGCCUCUAUCAUUCAUGGUGUGACAACUCAGCAGCCAGAAAAUGUGUAGUAUCACCUUGUGGUCAUUCCCAUUUACUGCAAGUCAAUGCAACAUAAGCAAAGCAGCGCACUGAUUGCCAUGCUAGUAUAAUGGAGUAAACGAAACAUGAUGGCACACAUUUUGUAUCAAGUUUUUGUGUUUAUUUUAAUUUAAAUAUGGUUUAAACAGCUUUGUGCUCCCAUUAAGGAUCAAAUCAUAAAAGGAGACUCAAUGAAAAGCUUACACAGCCAUUUAGCAGUGAACAGAAUCAGUCCAGUCUGGGACACAACAUUUCCUUUGGAUUGUGUUUUUUUUUUCUGAACACAAAAGCAGAUGGUUUGUGUAAAAAUGAAUAUCAUAGCAAAUACCACAGUGAGGGGAGGAAAAAUGAUAAUCUCUUAAAAACUGAUAACGCUAUGAAAAUAAUAAUUAUACAAACAGAAGAGUAAUAAAAAUAAAACAAAAUAAAUAAAAAGUACUGUAUCUGUGAACUCGAUCACACACACAUACACUCACUGGCAAACACACUCACACACAUACACUCACUGGCAAACACACUCACACACAUACACUCACUGGCAAACACACUCACACACAUACACUCACUGGCAAACACACUCACACACAUACAGGCACAUGUACGCACGCACGCACUCACUCACUCACUCACUCACUCACUCACUCACUCACUCACUCACACACAUACUGUAGAAGCACCCACACUCACACACACACAGAUGAAAUGAAGUGAUUUGAAAAAUUAAACCCUGGUAAAAUCAAAUGGUAUCAUACAUCCAUGUCUUGUGUCUGAAGUGCAGAAAACAAAAUGAACCUGAAAAAAUGUACAGAUAAAAUCUGAUAAAUAAUGAAAACGCAUGCCCAUCUUCAUUGGUCUAACUCAACUCUAUACAACUAAAAACCUGGAGUGUUGCCCCUCUAUCCUCACCCCAACCCCUUUACCCAAUCUACACCCAAAACCCCAACCCUCUAUCCUAUACCCUUACCUCUUACCCCACCCAUACUUACAUACCCACCUAUACCUCCUCCUCACCCUGCCCUCACCCCCCACCUGCAUCCCCCUCUCCUAGUUUCCCUAGACACAGGGUUCACAUGCUUCUGUGCUGACAGGUCAGGUCCUUCAGUCUGUGUGUGAGGGGAAGACUUGGUGUGGAGGAGGAGGAGGAGAGGGGAGAAGAGGGGAGGAGAGGGGAGGUAGUGGGACUGUUGGAGCAGGCACUGGUCACCUCUAUCAAACAUCAUGUCCAGUUCAGGAUACUGAGUGAGGUUGGAGGGAGAGGAGUCUCGUUGAAUGUUGAGGUUGAAGGUUGUGAACCUGUCUGUGUCUGUGUGUGAGUACAGUUUGCGCAUCAAUAUAUGUCUGAAUCUGCAUGUGCCUGUGUGUUAGUUAGUGAGUCAGUGAGAGUGACUGUAUACUUGUUCAUGGGAUGGGAUGGGGGCAGUGUGGGGGUUGGCGGACACAGGGCCUGUCCCUCGUCCCUUGUCCCCAGACAUGGGCAGGUUUAUAGGGCUUGCGUCUUGAGCUCGAUUGGCUCCCCGCGGGUGUCCUGCUGGGUCUCCGUCUCGGGUGGUUGGCUGCCCUUCAGUGUGGCCAGGCGCUCAGACAGACCGCGCAUACGGGGGAACAGCAUGAAAUCGUACAGAAGAGCUCCCAUAGCACCUCCUAUCAUGGGACCCACCCAGUACACCUGAAACAACACACACACACACACACAAAGGUUAUCAUGAAGAUAUGGCACAAGCAACUUGUAAUGUUGUCACUGAUAGAGGUUGGUAUUAGCUACAUUAUGAAUCCGCCAUUGUGAUUCGAUUAUUAGAUAUUUGUAAAAAGUAUUUCAAAUUCUACGUUAUAUGAUGUAUGACUGUGUGUUUCUUACCCAGUGGUUUACAAAGUUCCUGAAGAGUACAGCGGGGGCGAAAGACCUAGCAGGGUUCAUUCCAGCACCGGUGUAGUACAUCUACAGCAGAGAAGGAUAACAGGGCGUUCAGAAUACAGUCUGUUUCUGUUGUACACAAUGCAAGUCUGUUUUUGUGUGUGUUCCACUAUUAGGGUAGAAGUGUUUUGGGCAUUGCGUGUGUUUUCUCCUACCAGUGUGUGUAAGUGUGUGUUGUGUUGCUCACCCCCACGAGGUGUCCGAUGGUGACAGCGAAGCCGAUGGACAGGGCAGCAGAGCCCAUGCGUCCGUUCCUCCUCUCAUCUGUCACGGCAAAGAUACAUAUCACCAGCUGCAUGGUCAGGAACACCUCCACUGUGGUGCCCAUGCCCAGGCUGAUACCAGGCUGCAGCUGUAGACGGCCAGAGGAGAAAAAAUGCAUCAGACUUGAGGUCCUUUGUGAACAACUUACUUUGUAAAAUAAGUGUGUCCUCUUUCUAGUAAAGUGUAUAUUAUUUGUACAAUUAGUUGUGGCUUUGCAAUUCGGUUUUAAAGGCCUGUAACAGGACAUGACAGCAAUGAAUCAAUCAAUGAUGCAACACAUAUCGACUCAAACUGUAAAACAUUCAGGGGCCUCACCACUAUGGCCUCAGUGAGAUUGUGGUCAUUGUACCGUAGAAACUGUAGUUACCAGUAGGUUCCAUGAUGAUUCCCUAAUCCCUGUUCAUCUCUACCCAUUCUAAAUCUCCAUUAACAUUAAGAAGCCUACCAAUUUAUUUAUUUUCUGCUUUGAGCUGAUAUGGGUCAAUAAUGUCCCCUUAGUUCCCAUAUAAUGCUCCAUAAAGGGAAUAGGCCCAGUGCCAUUUGAGAUGUGCACUUGGUGGGUGGGUGGUGCCUUACCGUGUUGAGAGCCAUGUUGCCCCUCAUGUUGUUGGGGGUGACCCCAUAGAGCACGGCGGCCCCAGCCACGGCCCCCAGGACCUGGGCAGCCCAGUAGAAAAAGGCGCGGAACAGGGACAUCUGGGAACCCACCAGGUAGGCGAAGGUGACGGCCGGGUUAAUGUGGCCGCCACUGAUGUGACCGAUGGACUGGAUCAUGGUGGCAGCCGCCAAGCCGAAGCACAGCGCCACAUGCAAAACGUGGUUAGGCCCGGUUGUCCAGCGCAGCGCGGCGCCCAUGCCGAAAAACACAAAGAACAUGGUCCCGAAGAACUCGGCGAAGACCGCCCGCCAAAACGUCAUGGACCGGAACUCCCACAUGCUGGCUGUUCACUGGACGCUCCUCGUACCAGAAAACGUUCUUGGAGAAAAAAAAGUUGUCAGGGUGAAUCUAGAAAAGGUAAGCGUGUACCUUUUGAAAAGUUACUUGUUUUGCACUGUAAAGGAAAUAUUUUUUAAAAAUCCCUUUGGAGGUCACCUAGCUGGGCUGACCCAAACGCUGUCUUACUUAGCCAAUCAGUUGGAAGACAAACAGUCAAAAAAGUUCACAGAGGAAUCCACCAGACAGAUCUAGCUCUAAGCUACGGACGAUCUGGAGUUGGCGCGAAGGCAGUCAAACAUCAACUCAGCUGUGCUAGCUUGCCUCCACUGGCCGCCUGUUGUAGCGACAUAGGUGUGUGUGUGUCUCAGAAUAGUUGUCAAGAGGAGAUGUGCAUUGAUGCUAGAUGAGUGGUUCUAGAGUAGAGACAGGGAUAGACAGAGUGUCCUGUGGACGUUUUAGCCUCUGACGGAGGGGAGAGGGCCCACCGGGGGCUUUAUAACCCCCCCCCCCAGGGGCCCCAAGUGACGCCAUAAUCCAAGGGGGCGGACACACAGGAUGGUCCAAAUCAAAUACACUUAACCCCUUUGUUGCCCACCACAACAGAAGAGAGAGGAAGAGAAAAGGGUGAGAGUGACACGAGAGGGAGGAGGGAAUCAAGAAAGAGCAAGUGACUGGGUGAGUAUAAGAACUAGGGAUGAAUAUCAACCCCACAGAAGUGAUGAGAGGAGUUUGUCUAGUCUCAUAGUGCCAUAUGCACUGUAUGUUAUCUGUUGACACAUCAUAACCAUGAUAACCAUGGGAACAAGUGCUGAUGGCGGCGAACACACACACACACACACACACACACAAACACAGUGAUCCAAGGGGGGCCCUAGACAGAAGAGCUUUAAGCCAACAGUGUGCGGAAUUGACUCGUGCAUAGAAAUGCCUGACAUUGUGAAACUAUUGUCUUAGCAUCGAGCAUGUGUGCCACAUGUGAACAGUGGAACUGCUUGGUUUUUAGAAACAUGUUUGUAGUUAUCAUUCACAACUGACAUGUUUUGUGCAAACAUAAAUUAUUUACAUUAUCAGCUCUAGAUUAUUAUCAUUUCUAUAUGUCGGUCUGGUCUGUAAUAUCCACUGGGCAGAGGUACUGCACUCACACUCAGCAGUGCAUUUAUUCACUGACCUCAAAUCCCAACAGUGUUAUUGACAGAGGUAUUAAGCAUACAUAAGUGGUUAUAAGCACUACUUAAGGGCUAUGAGCAAAACAUUGAAGCUGGGCGCAUGACAUGGGGACCUUAGAUGUCUGCAUAACAUACAAGUGUAGGGCACUUCUUUAAGGCAAUGAACUUGACAUUGACACCCAAAGCACAGUACAGAGGCAUGCAUAUUUACAUAUAAACGUUGACUACUGCUGCAAAGUGGUGGAAAACAAAUACAUUUCAAAACUUAACUAAAUAAAUGUUUAAGUUGUGAACUACAAAUAUCAGCAACGUAAGGGGCAGCCCUGCCAAAACAGUAUAUAAUUUAGACACCUCUCUCGCUCUCGCUCUCUCUCUCUCUCACUCUCUCUCUCACUCUCUCGCUCAUUCUGGGCCAGUGUUCUAGGAGGUGCUGGGCUGCUCAGUGGAUACUUUAUUAGGCAGAGGUUUGUAUUGUGUAUGAGGGUGUAUGUGGGCCAGGCAUGAGGGGUGAGAGGCAGGAGGCAGGGUUGCCCGCUAGCAGCCAAAGCCCUGAACAAUCCAUGUAUGGGGCUGGGGAAAAAGGGAGGGACAGAGUAGGACUGUGGCGGGGGAAAGGGGAAACGGGGGUUAUUGAGCUCCAACGCUGGAGCAUCGCGCUGACCAGUCCAGAGCCGUCACUGGGCAGUGGGCCAUGAAUGGAGAACGCUGAGCGGACCAUUUUAACUCCCUUUAAUACAUAGAAAAAACACACAAUGCAAAAUGCUGGUAGCACAAGGCAGUUAUUUUCUAUUGUUUGUUAGGGUGUGUGUGAGUGAGAGUGAGAGUGUGUGUGUAUGUGUGUGUAUAGAUGAAAGAGCAGAUACACAUGUGUUUGAAGGCGAAGGUGCAUACGUAUGAGUGUGCAUGAGACGGUGUGUGUGCACACGCAUUUGAGUGAGUGUAUCUGUGUGUUUACGCACACACAACUGUGUGUGUGCACAAAUGUUAAUGAUGUUUCAAUAAUGAUUGCGAAGUGUUUAUUCUACAACAUUCAUAGCUUUAUACUAUCAACACAAACAUGAAAAUAAAAAGAAUUGCAACGAAACAUGCAUAGCAAUUUUCACUAACAUAAUAUAUUUGGUGCUUAUAUUUGUCCUAUUUCACAUACAUACAAGUGUGUAUUAAUACGCAUGUGUGAAUUGGAAGUGUGUUUUUUGCAUAUCCCAACUCCUCUGAUACAACCUCGGAGAGUGGUGUCACGGCCAGGGACUGCCAUUAUCAACGGCGAACCAGGAGCAAGUGAGUGAGUCUGUGAAAGGCUGAUCCUACAACCUAUUUAGAGGGAGUAGGGAGUAAGUCUGUGAAAGGUUGAUCCUACAACCUAUUUAGAGGGGUAGGGAGUGAGUCUGUGAAAGGCAACAACCUAUUUAAUUAAAUUCCCUCGUUUCCCAAAAUCUUGGUUGGAGGAUUCCUAGAAUCAGGAAGGAAUAAGUAGGAAAUCGAGAAUUCUCCAACCAGGAUUUCUGGAAAAAUAGGGAAUUUAUUUAAAGUUCCCGGACUUUAGCAACCGUACUGAUCCCACAACCUAUUUACACCUGUGUCAUUAGAGGGCUCUGGUCUGAGGACCUAUUUGACAGUUAAUAGCAGAAUUGCGAGCUUUGAGGUGAGGGACCCUCAGAUACAUGGAGAUGCCAGAGGUAAUGGCCUGUGUGAGUGUGUCAAUGAUUAGGGUAGGCCUUUUUAGCAUUUCAAAGCAUUCACAGACAGGGUGAGUAAUGCUAAAAUAAAGAAAUACAUAAAUAAAGGAUUUUGUGUUACAAAAAUGAAAUUUCUUUGAGUAGUUGUUGGGUUAUAUAUCAUAUUUCUGCAUAAAUUAGUAUUACAUCACUGAAUACUUACAAUUGUGUAACAAAUAUAUAUUGAACAAAAUCAACUAUGCACCAAUACGUCAGCACCAAAUACUGAUCAUUUUCAUUUAACUAAUAUAUAUAUUUAUCUAUAAGUAUAUUUAACUAUAUAUAUCUAUAAUGAACAAAAAUAUAAACACAAAAUGUAAAGUGUUGGUCCCAUGUUUCAUGAGCUGAACAAAAAGCUUAUUUCUCUCAAAUUUUGUGCACAAAUUUGUUUACAUCUCUGUUAGUGAGCAUUUCUCCUUUGCCAAGAUAAUCCAUCAUCCUGACAGGUGUGGCAUAUCAAGAAGCUGAUUAAACAGCAUGAAAAUGCUUGUGCUUGUGCUGGGGACAAUAAAAGGCCACUCUAAAAUGUGCCGUUUUGUCAUAAAACACAAUGCCACAGAUGUCUCAAGUUGAGGGAGCAUGCAAUUGGCAUGCUGACUGUAGGAAUGUCUACCAGAGCUGUUGAAUGUUCAUUUCAGCACCCCUGCCCAGUCAUGUGAAAUCCAUAGAUUAGGGCCUAGGAGUAUAUGCUGAGGAGUUAUUUCUGUCUGUAAUAAAGCACAUUUGUGGGGAAAAACUAAUUUUGAUUGGCUUGGCCUGGCUCCCCAGUGGGUGGGCCUGGCUCCCAAGUGGGUAGGCGUAUGCCCUCCCAGGCCAACCCAUGGCUGCACCCCUGCCCAGUCAUGUGACAUCCAUAGAUUAGGGCCUAAUGAAUUUAUUUAUAUUGACUGAUUUCCUUACAUGAACUGUAACUCAGUAAAAUCUUUGAAAUUGUUGCAUGCUGAAUUCAUAUUUUUGUUCAGUGUGUAAUGUAUGUACAAUUUUACUUUCUGUGUCUGAGUGUGUAUACACAUUCACAUGUAAUUUGAAAUCUUUAUCAUUAUAUGAUCAUAUUGUAUAUAAUUGUAUAUUAUUGCAUUUAUAUCCUAUGCCUUCGGAAAGUAUUCAGACCCCUUGACCUUUUCAACAUUUUGUUACGUUACAGCCUUAUUCUAAAAUGGAUUAAAUAUUAUUAUUAUUUUUAGCAAUCUACACACAAUAACCCAUAACGACAAAGCGAAAACAGGUUUUUAGAAAUGUUUAAAAUAUAUAUAUAAUAAUAAUACCUUAUUUACAUAAGUAUUCAGACCCUUUGCUAUGAGACUCGAAAUUAAGCUCAGGUGCAUCCUGUUUCCAUUGAUCUUCCUUAAGCUGUUUCUACAACUUGAUUGGAGUCCAACUGUGGUAAAUUCAAUUGAUUGGACAUGAUUUGGAAAGGCACACACCUGUCUAUAUAAAAGGUCCCACAGUUGACAGUGCAUGCCAGAGCAAAAACCAAGCCGUGAGGUCGAAGGAAUUGUCCGUAGACCUCCGAGACAGGAUUGCCUCGAGGCACAGAUCUGGGGAAGGGUACCAAAAAAUGUCUGCAGCAUUGAAAAAAAAAUAUUCACCUCACACAUUGUAAUGUUGAACAGGUAGAGUGCGUAGUUAUCCUUUCUGUCUGUCCGUCUGUGCUUCUGUCGAUCUGUGGGAUCCUUCUCUCUGUUCUGCCUCCUCCCCCUUCAUAGUGAUUGCUCAAGUGUGUUUGGUCAUCAUUUGCACUCCCCCUUCUCAGUAUGAGGACAUGUUCCCCAGCCGGGGACUUCUCCUCCUGGUCUGAGCUCAGCUGGAGUGUCCUGAGCACCUGGCACACAUCAUAGCUCCUCGGACUCGUUUUCAUGUCAAUUACCCUGAGAAGAGGCCCAUUACUGAGUGGAGAUGGAGAGAGACAGGGCAGCCAUAUCAUUAACAGGCCAUAUCAUUACCUAACACAAAUACAGCAUCCACAUUGUAGGAUGAAUUGAUCAGCUACUGGGUGCAGUUUGACUGGAUCCAACCACAAGGUCAAUCUAUCACAUAUAUUGUAAUCAAGACAUUUUGGAAUGAUUGGGUGGCAGGUAGCCUAGCGGUUAAGAGCGUUGGGCCAGUAACUGAAAGGUUGCUGGUUCAAAUCAAAUCAAAUUUUAUUUGUCACAUGCGCCGAAUACAACAGUGAAAUGCUUACUUACAAGCCCUUAACCAACAAUGCAGUUUUAAGAAAAAUAAGUGUUAUGUAAACAAUAGAUAAGUAAUAAAUAAAAGCAGUAAAAUAACAGUAAAAAUAACAGUAGCGAGGCUACAUACAGGGGGUACCGGUGUCAAUGUGCGGGGGCACCGGUUAGUCGAGGUAAUUGAGGUAAUAUGUACAUGUAGGUAUAGUUAAAGUGACUAUGCAUAGAUAAUAAAGAGAGAGUAGCAGAAGUGUUAAAGAUAGUCCGGGUAGCCAUUUGAUUAGCUGUUCAGGAGUCUUAUGGCUUGGGGGUAGGAGCUGUUAAGAAGCCUUUUGGACCUAGACUUGGCGCUCCGGUACCGCUUGCCGUGCGGUAGCAGAGAGAACAGUCUGUGACUAGGGUGGCUGGAGUCUUAGACAAUUUUUAGGGCCUUCCUCUGACACCGCCUGGUAUAGAGGUCCUGGAUGGCAGGAAGCCUGGCCCCAGUGAUGUAUUGGGCCGUACGCACUACCCUCUGUAGUGCCUUGCGAUCGGAGGCCGAGCAGUUGCCAUACCAGGCAGUGAUGCAACCAGUCAGGAUGCUCUCUAUGGUGCAGCUGUAUAACUUUUGAGGAUCUGAGGACCCAUGCCAAGUCUCCUGAGGGGGAAUAGGCUUUGUCGUGCCCUCUUCAUGACUGUCUUGGUGUGUUUGGAGCAUGAUAGUUUGUUGGUGAUGUGGACACCAAGGAACUUGAAGCUCUCAACCUGCUACACUACAGCCCUGUUGAUGAGAAUGGGGGUGUGCUCGGUCCUUCUUUUCCUGUAGUCCACAACCAUCUCCUUUGUCUUGAUCACGUUGAGGGAGAAUCCCUGAGCCAACUAGGUGAAAAAUCUGUCAAUGUGCCCUUGAGCAAGGCACUUAACCCUAAUUGCUCCUGUAAGUCGCUCUGGAUAAGAGUGUCUGCCCUAAAUGACUAAAAUGUAAACAUUUUGAUAGUUGUAACAAUGUUAUCAUGUUGGUUUAGAGAAAAAGAGUCAGAGAGCCAGAACGAUAGAGAGAGAGACUGCAGUGAUUGAGAGAUGAGUGCAGGGGUAUCUGACUGAAGGAAAGUGAAAGUUUGAUCAUGACGUCAUGGUCCUUCCACACGGAAAAACAACAGAACACCUUACUGGGAUUUAUAGGGCCAAACGAUUCUAUCGAAUCUAAAGUUUAUCUUCAAUUAUCUAAUAUCUAAACUGUUAAUCUCCCACUCACCAUGGCAUCUACUCCUCUCCUCUCCUCUCCUCCCACCCCUCUUCCAUCAAUCUACCGUUCGAAUCGCCAUGGAGACAGUCUCUUUCGUGAUGCAGUUGCCAUGGCGCCUAUUGUGAUGCUGGCUCAGAAUAUGUUUUUUCUCAUUCUCUUUGAUAUGAAACAAACACCACCACUGUGAAGAUCCUCCCUAAAGAAAUACACAGAGUUCCUGUGUUUUAACAAUAUGCACUAUGUAUUUACCUUGUUAUUGGUUAUUUGAUAACCAUUCUAUAAACACUAACCUUGCAAUAAAGUGAAGAUAUGAACCAAAAAAGUCAUGAAUCUCAAGUUCUGACGUGUGCAACAGGCUGUGUGAUAGUUUUGAUUGGAAGUCAUUAAUCAAAUAGAUCAGGCUUAAAUUAUGCCAAGAUGAUGACACUAAGUGGCUCCUGAGUGGCGCAGUGGUCUAAGGCACUGCAUUGCAGUGCUAACUGUGCCACUAGAGAUCCUGGUUCGAAUCCAGGCUCUGUCGCAGCCGGCCGCGACCGGGAGACUCAUGGGCGGCGCACAAUUGGCCCAGGGUAGGGGAGGGAAUGGCUGGCAGGGAUGUAGCUCAGUUGAUAGAGCAUGGCGUUUGCAACGCCAGGGUUGUGGGUUCGAUUCCAGUAUAAAAAAAAAAAUGUAAUCACUAACUAACUGUAAGUUGCUCUGGAUAAGAGCGUCUGCUAAAUGACUAAAAUGUAAAUGUAAAUAACCUCUACCCAGUGGGUGAGUGGUGGGGGCCUGGGUGAUAGAGGGGUGUUUGUGGGAUUUGAGGGGACCGGAGAAGGGCAAUGGCCAAGAGAAGCCCCCUAGGCCUCAGGGGCCCACUCUGUAGCAGACCCGGUCCAGAAUGAACUGGUUGUGGGGUGCAUUAGCAUGCCCCAUUAUGGGGUGGAUUACCCCCAACCACCGGCGCUGUUAUACCCCCUUUUGUGGAGCUAAGCCCCCCUGUGUGGGGCAGCAUGGGUGGGGGGAGCAGUGGAACCCGCUGGCAUGGGGAGUUUUCAGCCCCCUCCACCCAGAGUGCUGACACAACCACACACACACACAACCAUGCACACACACAAAACCCCACUCAGACCACAAACUGGUUGCCACUAAAACCGCUCCAAAAGUGCCAGCUAAGGGAUAUGAGAGAGGGAGACCAUCUAUCAUAUCCCAGAAUAGAGAGCUCAUGGAUAGUGUCAGAAGGAAGUGUCUGAAGGGUUAUGCUGUUAUCUCCCUCUGCUAUAGCAUAAACCUCUAAAUGAUCAGCACAUACAGUGCAUUCGGAAAGUAUUCAGACCCCUUGACUUUUUCCACAUUUUGUUACGUUACAGCCAUAUUCUAAAAAUGAUUACAUCGUUUUUUUCCCUCAUCAAUCUACACACAAUACCCCAUAAUGACAAAGCAAAAACAGGUUUUAGAAAUUUUUGCAAAUGUAUAAAAAAACAAAAAGCUGAAAUAACACAUUAACAUAAGUAUUCAGACCCUUUAUGAAGGUCCUGAGCGCUUUGGAGCAGAUUUCCAUCAAGUAUCUCUCUGUAUUUUUCUCCGUUCAUCUUUCACUCGAUCCUGACUAGUCUCCCCAGUCCCUGCCGCUGAAAAACAUCCCCACAGCAUGAUGCUGCCACCACCAUGCUUCACCGUAGGAAUGGUGCCAAGUUCCCUCCAGACGUGACGCUUGGCAUUCAGGCCAAAGAGUUCAAUCUUGUUUCUCAUGGUCUGAGAGUCUUUAGGUGCCUUUUGGCAAACUCCAAGCAGGCUGUCAUGUGCCUUUUACUGAGGAGUGGCUUCUGUCUGGCCACUCUACCAUAAAGGCCUGAUUGGUGGAGUACUGCAGAGAUGGUUGUCCUUCUGGGGGCGAAGGUUCACCUUCCAACAGGACAACGACCCAAAGCGCACAGCCAAGACAAUGCAGGAGUGGCUUCGGGACAAGUCUCAAUGUCCUUGAGUGGCCCAGCCAGAGCCCGGACUUGAACCCGAUUUAAUAUCUCUGGAGACCUGAAAGUAGCUGCAGCAGCACUCCCCAUCCAACCUGACAGCGCUUGAGAGGAUCUUCAGAGAAGAAUGGGAGAAACUCCCCAAAUACAGGUGUGCCAAGCUUGUAGCAUCAUACCCAAGAAGACUCGAGGCUGUAAUCACUGCCAAAUUGGCUUCAACAAAGUACUGAGGGUUUGAAUACUUAUGUAAAUGUGAUUUCAGUUUUCUAUUUCUAAUAAACUUGAAAAAAAUUCUAACAACCUGUUUUUGCUUUGUCAUUAUGGGGUAUUGUAUUUUAGAAUAAGGCUGUAUUGUAACAAAACGUGGAAAAAGCCAAGGGGUCUGAAUACUUUCUGAAUGCACUGUAUAUAGGGGUUUGUCUGUGAAUGGGUGUACAGCUCUGCUCUUACACCUCAUUUCAGGCUGAGGCUACUGUACUAGCUUGCUGGUUCCAUAAUACUUAUUGGAUGUCCUACUUCUGUGAUUUAAUAAAAAAGGAGAGUGAAAUGAGGACCCAGGGACAGUUCCAGAGUGUAGUCUUUACUAGACUUGGUUUUUAUUCAACUAACAGUACGUUCUACAGAUGCACACGUGUUACAUCACCAAGAUACCACAUGGUCUUGUAAUACCUCUUAAAAAUUAUAUUGGUCCUAAAAAUAUAGAAAGGAACAAAUGUAAAGUCACAAAAACUGUACAUUUUGAAAAAUUCACUUAACACCACAUUUGGUUUUAUUCAUGUCUUUUAGUUUUUUUUUUUUAUAUAUAAAAAAAAUGUCCCUUUUGUGUAGAAAGGAACACAAAAAUGCAUUUCCUAUCGACCGGUUUGAGUUCAGUGUAAGAAACUACGCUUUAAAUAAAACCCGGAUUGUGGAGUAUCGUCCUGCCGCCUUUAUAACUUUCCCAUAACACACCAACCAUGCCACGCUAUAGAUUAUCACAGUAUGAGUCAUAAUACCCAUAAAACCUAGCGGUCAAACAGGGAAAUGGUUCCGAUAGUUUUUCCACCAUUCAUUUUUCCCAUAGGGGAUUUUAAUACUUCAAAUAAGGGCUGUUUCUCUUGUAGGCUUACUCAGGAAUGACGUUUUGAUAACCAUGUAAAUCUCUCUCGGACAAGGUGACUUAUCAAUAUAUUCGCCUGUAUUUACCCCCAAAAAAUGAAAUUCUAAUUAGGCUAUCAUAAAGAACUACAAAUACCACACAUCUCUGGAUGAACUAGCUAAUGUUAGCUAAAUGUAGUAAUGAAUAAAUUGGCUAAAUUACUUUAAAAAUUGACAAUUCUGUGAACUGUCUUGAGCAAGUUUUAAAUUGACACAAUACCUGUUAGCAAAGGUGUCAGCUAGAGAUGAUGUGCAGGAGCUUGCAGGGCUUUGUAGUUUGGCAUGAUGUCUUCUUUGAUGCUAAUUACCAUUUUCGAAUCUAAGAGUAAAUAGAGCCAAAUAUAUUGAUAAAAGUCACCUUGUCCGAGAGAGAUUUACGUGGUUAUCAAAACGUCACGCCAGGGUAAGCCUAGACAAAACACAGCCCUUAUUUGAAGUUUUUUCCCCUAUGGGAAAAAUGAAUGGUGGAAAAACGAUUGGAACCAUUUCCGUUUGACCGCUAGGUUUUAUGGGUAUUAUGACACCUCCACUGUGGGGCUCUAUUGAGCACAGUGUCCCCUUUACAGAGAAAAAGUUGAUUCAUAAAAUGGAACAUGAGCUUAGCAAAAUAUGCACAUACUUGUAUAGAAGCCUUUUAUCAGUAGGCGUCUAGAACAAAAUGUUUCUCCUAACACACAAGCUAUGCCUGUUCCUGCACUUAACUGCCAAGCUUAAGGGGGGGGGGGGGGGGGUAUGAGUUAUUGUUUUGUUUUAUAAGCACAGGUCUGUUUCUUCUUUCAUUUCAAAUUGAUGAGUUUGAACAUUUUCAGUGUUUACCAAAUUCCUGAUAAGGUCCUUUAAACUUAGUGAUUUAAAAAACCAUCUGCAUUCUAAGAAAUAUUGAGUGACAAUUUUCUGUAAUAUCAAAACAAUUCUUCCCAUGAACAGGUGUCGCUAAAAAACAUGACAUUUUGUUUGAGAACAGUCAACCAAUAACAUUUCAGCAGCCUGCUAGCUUUCUGCAUAAUUUGACCAAUAUGGUAAAGAGCUGCGAAGCUGCAACACAAAGCGAACAGUGUUUAAACAGAGGUUUAAAAUGGCAGUAGCGUCAUUUCAGUCCUAUUGACACCAUCUAUGGACACACUACACCUGCCAAUUCCCAUUGCUGUGACUACCGGUCUUUGUUGUCAUUAUGGAGCAGUGCAAACAAAAAGUCUAAAACAGGACAGAAAACAAACAACACACUAAAGCCUCCAGUUUCUGAAACCAGUGACCUUCACACAGCAGCAGGAGUGUGGGUCUAGGUGAGAAUUAGGUCAGGGGUUGCGUUACACAAUGUAAGAGUCUAAUAAUGUGAGUCUUCAGAAGAAGAAAAAAACGCUCCUUUCCAUUUUGUUUUACUGGCCUUUUUCAUAAAUCGUCUAGACAUCUCAACUAUGUAGUCUGUACACAUUCACUACAAGCUAUUGCUAUUAAAUUAUCCCAGCUAUUGUCAUCUUUAUAUAUACACUACCAUUCAAAAGUUGGGGUCACUUAGAAAUGUCCUUGUUUUCAAAACAAAAGCAAUUGUUUUGUCCAUUAAAAUAUCAAAUUGAUCAGAAAUACAGUGUAGACAUUGUUAAUGUUGUAAAUGGCUAUUGUAGCUGGAAACGGCUGAUUUUUUAUGGAAUAUCUACAUAGGCGUACAGAGGCCCAUUAUCAGCAACCAUCAGUCCUGUGUUCCAAUGGCAUGUUGUGUUUGCGAAUCCAAGUUUAUUAUUUUAAAAGGCUAAUUGAUCAUUAGAAAACCCUUUUGCAAUUAUGUUAGCACAGCUGAAAACUGUUGUACUGAUUAAAGAAGCAAUACAACUGGCCUUCUUGAGACUAGUUGAGUAUCUGGAGCAUCAGCAAUUGUGGGUUCGAUUACAGGCUCAAAAUGGCCAGUCUAUAACUUUCUUCUGAAACUCGUCAGUCUAUUCUUGUUCUGAGGAAUGAAGGCUAUUCCAUGCGAGAAAUUGCCAAGAAACUGAAGAUCUCAUACAACCCUGUGUACUACUCCCUUCACAGAACAGCGCAAACUGUCUCUAACCAGAACAGAAAGAGGAGUGGGAGGCCCCGGUGCACAACUGAGCAAGAGGACAAAUACAUUAGUGUGUCUAGUUUGAGAAACAGACGCCUCACAGGUCCUCAACUGGCAGCUUCAUUAAAUAGUACCCGCAAAACACCAGUCUCAACGUCAACAGUGAAGAAGCGACUCCGGGAUGCUGACCUUCUAGGCAGAGUUGCAAAGAAAAAGCCAUAUCUCAGACUGCCCAUCUUAAUCUUUUAUUUUUAUUGGCCAGUCUGAGAUAUGGCUUUUUCUUUGCAACUCUGAUGUUAUUUUAAUGGACAAAAAAAAAUUGCUUUUCUUUCAAAAACAAGGACAUUUCUAAGCGACCCCAAACGUUUGAACAGUAGUGUGUAUAUAUAUAUAUAGAAUAUAUAAUAAAAAUAUUUUGAGAAAAAUUGCUUCAGGCAUAAGACAACACUACAUUUCCAUUGAACAGUUAAAAGAGGGUCCAAUCCCAAAGUGUUUAAGUGAGUUCAGAGAGGACCUUAGGGUUUUGAUCUAUGUGGUGGAAACGAGGUCAGAGCAUGUCCGGUCUGCAGCAACGUAUUGGUCUGGCAGACCUCCUGACCGCGACAGAGGGCAGAGUUUGAGAACCAAUCCGCUCAGGGCUUCAGACCCUCCUCCCGCCCCCAAAGGAAGGGAUGGACCAAUACCGUGGCCUUAUGAGACAAGGGGUGUGGCGUAGGAGAGAACAUGACGACAAGAGAAUUCCAAACAGGUGGCCAGGUACAGAAGUGAGGGUGCAUAGCGAGGGAGGGAACUCAAACAUCCCCCUCGGUCAUCGAGAGAAUUUCAAGCCAACAGGGUUGAGGUUUUAAAAAAGGUGAAGCAGAGAAAGGGAAAAACAAGAACAGACAAGUACAGUGGGGGAAAAAAGUAUUUAGUCAGCCACCAAUUGUGCAAGUUCUCCCACUUAAAAAGAUGAGAGAGGCCUGUAAUUUUCAUCAUAGGUACACGUCAACUAUGACAGUAUUUGGUCACCUACAAACAAGCAAGAUUUCUGGCUCUCACAGACCUGUAACUUCUUCUUUAAGAGGCUCCUCUGUCCUCCACUCGUUACCUGUAUUAAUGGCACCUGUUUGAACUUGUUAUCAGUAUAAAAGACACCAGUCCACAACCUCAAACAGUCACACUCCAAACUCCACUAUGGCCAAGACCAAAGAGCUGUCAAAGGACACCAGAAACAAAAUUGUAGACCUGCACCAGGCUGGGAAGACUGAAUCUGCAAUAGGUACGCAGCUUGGUUUGAAGAAAUCAACUGUGGGAGCAAUUAUUAGGAAAUGGAAGACAUACAAGACCACUAAUAAUCUCCCUCGAUCUGGGGCUCCACGCAAGAUCUCACUCCGUGGGGUCGAAAUGAUCACAAGAACGGUGAGCAAAAGCAUCACUGCUCUAGAGAUCUGCAUGGAGGAAUGGGCCAAAAUACCAGCAACAGUGUGUGAAAACCUUGUGAAGACUUACAGAAAACGUUUGACCUGUGUCAUUGCCAACAAAGGGUAUAUAACAAAGUAUUGAGAAACUUUUGUUAUUGACCAAAUACUUAUUUUCCACCAUAAUUUGCAAAUAAAUUCAUAAGAAAUCCUACAAUGUGAUUUUCUGGAUUUUUUUUUCUCAUUUUGUCUGUCAUAGUUGACGUGUACCUAUGAUGAAAAUUACAGGCCUCUCUCAUCUUUUUAAGUGGGAGAACUUGCACAAUUGGUGGCUGACUAAAUACUUUUUUUCCCCAAUGUAUCCAAAUCUAUACAUAGAUGUAUACAGUGAGUCGGAGGAUACUCUGGCCCAGACAGUCUUAGUAGUAACGGGGAGCGUAAGCAUCAGGGUUAGGGCGCUGUCCUUGGUUGGCCCCGCCCCCAGCACAAGUGUCCUGGACUCUUAUUGGUCCUUGCUCUCGUAGAACUCAGCCCAGCGGUUCUCGAAGAAGCGCUUCAUGGAGUGUCCGGCCAUGCCCACCUCGGACGUGUCCUCAUUGAACUGCUCGCAGUUGUUGAACACCAUAUGUGCGUCCGCUGCAAACUCCUCACAGCUGCAGUACCUGGGGAACAGGGGAGGAGAGAAGAGAAAGACAGGUCAAAUAUAAGCUUACAGAUCUUCAGUAACAUUGUUGAAAAUGAAAGGAACCGGCCUCCUUACGGAAGUUUGGGUCAUGUUGUAGACGUUUUACUAUCCUUUUGGGGACACAGUGUUGUAGUACUCGAGACCGGUCUCAAGACCACAUAUUGAAUGUCUCGGUCGUCUCGAUGUCAGAGACAUUUGUACUUGGUCUUGACUCGGUCUCGGACAGUGAGGACUCGUAAUUUCUUCCCGAGACCAGCGGACUAAAAAAACUCAUAAUUAUCAGCUUCCAUUCAGUCAGCGCAUAAAAACGCUUCGCCAGGCCAAAUACAGCGAGUGAAAAAAGUAUUUGAUCCCCUGCUGAUUUGUACGUUUGCCCACUGACAAAGAAAUGAUCAGUCUAAAAUUUUAAUGGUAGGUUUAUUUGAACAGUGAGAGACAUAAUAACAACAAAAAGAUCCAGAAAAACGCAUGUCAAAAAUGUUAUAAAUUGAUUUGCAUUUUAAUGAGGGAAAUAAGUAUUUGACCCCCUCUCAAUCAGAAAGAUUUCUGGCUCCCAGGUGUCUUUUAUACAGGUAACGAGCUGAGAUUAGGAGCACACUCUUAAAGGGAGUGCUCCUAAUCUCAGUUUGUUACCUAUAUAAAAGACACCUGUCCACAGAAGCAAUCAAUCAAUCAGAUUCCAAACUCUCCACCAUGGCCUAGACCAAAGAGCUCUCCAAGGAUGUCAGGGACAAGAUUGUAGACCUACACAAGGCUGGAAUGGGCUACAAGACCAUCGCCAAGCAGCUUGGUGAGAAGGUGACAACAGUUGGUGCAAUUAUUCGCAAAUGGAAGAAACACAAAAUAACUGUCAAUCUCCCUCGGCCUGGGGCUCCAUGCAAGAUCUCACCUCGUGGAGUUGCAAUGAUCAUGAGAACGGUGAGGAAUCAGCCCAGAACUACACGGGAGGAUCUUGUCAAUGAUCUCAAGGCAGCUGGGACCAUAGUCACCAAGAAAACAAUUGGUAGCACACUACGCCGUGAAGGAAUGAAAUCCUGCAGCGCCCGCAAGGUCCCCCUGCUCAAGAAAGCACAUAUACAGGGCCGUCUGAAGUUUGCCAAUGAACAUCUGAAUGAUUCAGAGGAGAACUGGGUGAAAGUGUUGUGGUCAGAUGAGACCAAACUCGAGCUCUUUGGCAUCAACUCAACUCGCCGUGUUUGGAGGAGGAGGAAUGCUGCCUAUGACCCCAAGAACACCAUCCCCACCGUCAAACAUGGAGGUGGAAACAUUAUGCUUUGGGGAUGUUUUUCUGCUAAGGGGACAGGACAACUUCACCGCAUCAAAGGGACGAUGGACGGGGCCAUGUACCGUCAAAUCUUGGGUGAGAACCUCCUUCCCUCAGCCAGGGCAUUGAAAAUGGGUCGUGGAUGGGUAUUCCAGCAUGACAAUGAUCCAAAACACACAGCCAAGGCAACAAAGGAGUGGCUCAAGAAGAAGCACAUUAAGGUCCUGGAGUGGCCUAGCCAGUCUCCAGACCUUAAUCCCAUAGAAAAUCUGUGGAGGGAGCUGAAGGUUCGAGUUGCCAAACGUCAGCCUCAAAACCUUAAUGACUUGGAGAAGAUCUGAAAAGAGGAUUGGAACAAAAUCCCUCCUGAGUUGUGUGCAAACCUGGUGGCCAACUACAAGAAACGUCUGACCUCUGUGAUUGCCAACAAUGGUUUUGCCACCAAGUACUAAGUCAUGUUUUGCAGAGGGGUCAAAUAUUUAUUUCCCUCAUUAAAAUGCAAAUAAAUGUAUAACAUUUUUGACAUCCGUUUUUCAGGAUUUUUUUGUUGUUAUUCUGUCUCUCACUGUUCAAAUAAACCUACCAUUAAAAUUAUAGACUGAUCAUGUCUUUGUCAGUGGGCAAAUGUACAAAAUCAGCAGGGGAUGAAAUACUUUUUUCCCCUCACUGUAUAUACACUCCUUUCUUGAAACAUGAAUAUCUUAACAGCCUUUAUAUCUAUUAUAGACAUGUUUACGCAGUGGCGAACCUAUAGGCCUUCAGUGUGUGACAGGUUGGUGAUUCUGAAAAGACAGCAACCGUAAUACCAGUGCACUCAUGUAGGAGUGCACUUUUUGUAAAACACAAAAGGGCCAGUGGUGUAGUGGAGGGUAUAUGCAGGUAUAAACCAUUUAUUUUCAGAGGGCAUUGCGUAUACUCACUUCUUAAUCCCUACUGAUGCGUAUCAAAGUAUUGUAGUGGAGGUAUACGACUUAUUAUAUAGUACAAUAGAGAAAUCAUGCACAAAGUAGCCUACAUAAAUCGCAAAGCACGUGAAAUAUAUUCACAAUGCGAGCCGCACAAAUAGCCUAGUUUCAGUGGAAUUUCAUCUGCAGGCAGUGUGCAGCUCUCAACUGGUUUUGGCAUGGAGCAGCUCACAAAAGAAUAACAUCGGUAGCCGGUAGGGUAGGAAAGGCGUUUCAACUUAUGAUAUCUACCAGUAAAUACUAACUUAAGGCAACAAUGGGUAUGUAAACCAGGAAUUGAAAAGAUUUAGUCCGAUGUGUUGGUUAUUAGGCUAUUUGUGAUGCGCAAUUGUCAUCAUGCGCUAUUUAAAAUCAUGGGCGUAGACAUGGAUGAGCCUGGGUGGACACAUGCCCACCCACUGGGGAGCCAGUCCCUGACAGGCCCAACCAAUCAGAUUGAUGUGGUUUAAGCAUUGUUGUGGACUUAGACCAUCAACAUUUAUUUUAUUUUUAAAAACAAAUGUUUUAUGUGGUUUGGAGAGUAAAAAUCUGGGCGGGACGUUUGGGAACUUUUUGGCAAAGUUAGAGUAUAGCCACUUCUCCAGACACCACUACACCACUGGAUAGGGCCGAUGGAAAGACAGCAGUCACACACAGCAUGAUGUUAAAGGAUAAGCAGUCCAUAAACUCUGACAUAAUACGCCAGUAGGUCCCAAUCAUAAGAAUACAAAACCACAACCAUUAAGCAUUCCCCAAUUGAAAUGUACAACUAUUACUUCCCAUUGCAAAAAAUAUAGCACACAAAAUAACCAGUGACCUAAAGUUUAAAGUAGAACUGACAGUGUUUUAACUACUUUGCAGAUAUGAAACAAACAGAAUCAUAAUAUCAGUCAAAAAUAUCAAAUUCCCAGUUUAUGCUACAAAACCAACAUAGAGGUUUUAAAAAUAGGUUAUUAUUUGACUCAACGUUCCAUGACAUACACUAAGGCAUUGUUGGCAGAAUAGAUGGAUGCAGUUCAAUGUAUGAUAUAAUUCACCAAUACUUUUUUUGGUAGUCCAAAAUAUUGCUUUCAGGUUGUAAAUCACAGCUGGCCUGGUACAUUGUUUGCUGCCUCCAUUCGGGAUGCACUGUUUCAGUUUCAAUGACUCAAUAUUCUGGACAAAAACUGACGAAUGUAACUAAGGCUGGGAAUGUCAAUACAAUCAAACUACCAAGGGCAAUGAUCACAAGUCAGUCAUAACGUGGCUAAUAGGCUAGCGUAUCUAUUUAUGUAGCAAGCUAAAAAAACACGGAGCUUAACAUUAGCUAAAUAGCUAGCUAGGUAGCUAGCUGCUAGGAGGAUGUCAUGUCAUGCCAUUGGAGGAGUGGGUGAGUGACAGAUUUUUCCCCCUCGGUGGCUAUACACAGCUAGAGAUACAGGUGUCAUUUGGUUAGCUAGCAAGUACUUGAACGACUGUUAUCUAGUUAGCAUAUCUCUUGCGUUCGUAAAUUCACUCUGGCUAUCUACUCCGAUUUCAGAGCACUCUCAUCCGAGUGUGCCAGAGCGCAGAACAACUGAUGAAUUUAUGAACGUGCAACACCCACUGAAUAUGACCGGUGUCAGUAAAUGUAGGCAAAAAAAGUAAUAGUUAGUCAAGAAUGCUCUAGAUAACAUGUAAACAGCCUAACCAGCUCUGCUACGGCGAGUAAAAUGGUCAGAGUGAGGUGUUCUCUCAUUUGUGUCUGGAAGUAGCUAGCAAGCUAUUUAGCUUGGGUGCUUGGUUGGUACAAGCAUGCAUUGGCAGGCAAGCUGCAGAGGCUACAAUUCCCCAUCGUUUAUCAGCGCAAUUUUGACGGCCAACUAGCUGAAAAAGUUGGAGGGUUUAUCUAAUGUUCCUUCAUUAGAUUUUAGCUCAUCUUGCUCUGGCUAGCAUUAGUUGUUGAUCUUGUUGUUGUUGAGGUGCAUAACUGAGGGAGAGAGAUCCUACCUUUGAUCAAUAGGACUGUAAAGUUCCCAAAUGUAAGGGGACUCCCAUGGUGUUUACAUAUUUGCAGAAAUCCAUUCAGGUUUAUUUUGUGGCUUUUGGCGAAUGCGUUCUAAAUGAUCUAAAGCGCUGUUGCAACUGCCUGUAAACACACAGUCCAGUUCAAAGUGAAUGAUGGCAGGCCCAUGUGGCAAAUGGCUUGUUUGUAUAAAAGCCUACUGUAGCUCUGAUUGGCUAUAGGUCCUGGACAAGACAGAUAUUUUUAUUCUGUUUUAUUUUCUGCAGUGUCUGUUAAUUGUCCAAACGCAUGGCCGAUUUCCCACUCUAUAUUGCUAUAGAAUUCUCACAAAUGCUUUAGUAUAUGUAAUUCCCAAACAUUCUAAGAAUUUAUGAAAACGUGGUCGCUUGUCAGAAAAUGUUUUAAAAAGUGGGAUAUUCUUCAUGUUGCUAAAAUGCUGUCAGUUCCACUUUAAAUGCAACAAUGUUUCACACACAAGUUAUUUUCAAAGAGAUGGCAAACAGCAAGCACGCCGCAAUAAAAAUCACAGCUUCUGAUGUGCUAGCCAAUGGCUGACUUAGCUAGCUAGAUUUAUCUCCCCAGAGACCAGCAAAGAAAAAUCCUGAUUGGAUCUUUUUUUCCCUCCAGCGUUAACCCUUUCCUUUCCAACAAAAACUGAAGAGAUUAAAUCAGAACAUCAUUGAAAAUAAUAUUAUUAUUAUUAUUUUAUAAAUCCUUAGCCCUUCUCUGAAGGCGUAGAAGGCCCACUGUGUUUAGGUCAGUAAUCAUUUGUAGAGUGGCUCUAUUUUCCCUCGCAUGCAUUUUUCCACUAUUCUGAAGGUCUAAAGAAUCCAUAUGUUGUUCUGAAAUAUGAACACAGAAAUAAUGGACAUUUGAACUCUUAUUAUGGUGGUGAUUUGACAAAACUACAAUCAUGGUCUUGAAUUGGACUCGCAUGUUUCGGGACUCGGACCCCUUGUCCCCCUCCCGGUCUUGGUGUUGACUCAGACUCGAUUUGCUCCGGUCUUGGUCUUGAAUCGGUCUCUCCUUAGGUGAUCUUGAACACAACACUGUGGGGACCUAAAAUGUAAUUCCAUUCAAAAUCCUAUUUUCCCUAACCCCUAAACCAACCCCUAAGCUUAAAAUAUCCUUUGUCCUUCCGGUACCCACAAGGAUAGUAAUACAAGCCCCCACACACACACAGACAGAAAGAGUGAAUGAGAGCCCCAUACCCUCCCUGCAGCAGCCUCUCCCUCAUGGUGAGGAAGUCCAUGGGGUUCUUAAUGAUGCGUCGGUAGCCGGGCACCACGCGGGGGUUGACGGGCUCCAGGAAGGGCCAGGCGUCAGCGUGAGACUCCAUCUCCAUCAGGAUGAUUCUACACACAAACACAAAACACGUCAGCUAGAACGGGACUAUCAUCACAUGCUAGUCAGAACAUGAAUCUCAUGGUCUUAUAGAAACCACUGGUGCAAUGGGACACGGUAACUAAUUUGAGGUGAGUAAUUUAAUAUCAUGUCCUAUAACCACUGAAACAUUGUGACACUACAACUGAUCUGAGAUCAGACUCACUCGCAGUAGGUGAGGUCGGGCUGGUUGCGGGUGGUCAUGCGGCGGCGCUUUGCGGGUGAGAAGCCUGCUGUGCCUCCUCCAUCUCCCGAGUAGCGGGAGGAUGAGGAGGACGAGGCAGGGCCGCCGUCCUUAUGCCGUGUUGCCAUGCUAGCACCACCACCGCUGCGUCUGCUGGGCACCGUCUCCUCGUCAGAACUGUCGUCUUCGUACCUCCUCUUCUUCACCCGUGUCCUCUGCUUGGAGGAGCGAUGGUUGCUACGUGGUGACUCACCGUCACUCGCCUUAUAAAACAACAGGACACAGUGAGACAGUGAUGAAAUAACAGCCCUGGGAGAAAGGUUAAGGAGGACUCAGGGCCACAGGGAGGAGAAAUUACAGAGGGUACUACUGUGGCAGAUUUCGAAGUAGGGCCUGACAAUAUUAUGGUUUAAUACUUGUUCAGUUUCAAAACACUGGGGACAAAAAGCUACCAUUGUGUUCAUGUUGUUUCACCAUAUAUUAUUAUUGUAAUUAUGUUGCACCAACAUGGCUUUUUGGUUAAAUUUACAAAAAGUAAAUCAGCGUAUACAGUUUUUUAUCUUAAUCUAAGCCAAGUUUCAAACAAAAAACCGACAACAUUUCUAUCUGCAAUGUUCUGAACGGUUCCCUUCUUAACUCCUCCCCCCUGGUUAGAUGAGCAGUGACACCUGCUGUUGUCCAUAAGGGUAGCCAAGCAGAGUGCAGCCCCAGUCAGUACUCACCUUGGAGACGCAGGUGGGGCAGAACCAGUCCCCCUCUGGCACCUGGGUGACCUUUGGCCUCAGGCAGUACAUGUGGCAGCCGCGGUCACAGCAGUCACACAGCAGCAGGUACUCAUCAUUAUCCCCCUUCCUGCACACCUGACACGUCUACAACAACACACAGACAGGGACCCACAGGUAGUCUUCAAGGGAAAUGCUUUGUUGCCAUCUUUCAGACUAUGGUGCUAUACUACAUUUGUUUGCUGUAAGUUGCUUUGGAUCAAAGUGUCUUCUCAAUGGUCUCAUCAGCAUGUCACUACUAUGAUAUUUGCCAUGGGAAUGUUCUAUAUUCCUUGUUUCACCUACAUCCAUAAUUUUCUUCCCUUUAUAAUAAUGGUUUCUAUUCUCAGUGUACAUAUUGAGUAUUGCUACUGGGUUUGUCCUCACCACUUUGACCACAGAUCUCUCCCAGGCGAUGGCCUUCUCCAGCUGCAGCAGACACAGACACAGCUGGGGGGCGCUCCGACAGCGGUCCAGGGCCUGACGCCACGUCCGCAACCUGGGGGUGAUCUCACUCUCCAGACUGGGGGAAAGAGAUGAUAAAAAUAGGUCUUAAUAAACACAAUUAAGAGCUGAAGUGAGAUGAAGGUUUAAAUCACUGAAGAGCUUUGAGCAAUUUGACCAAAUGCUACACAAAUCGAAUCCAUUUUAUUAUUAUUAUUAAAACACGCUCCCCUCCACCCUUUCCAACCUCUGACCCCUCGCCUGACUUCAACCCUGUCCCUCCCACCUCAUGACGUCCAUCUGACCCAUCUGGCUCUCCUCGGGGGUGAGGGGGGCGAGACGCACCACCUCGGCCAGGUUCCAGAGGGGCUCCUUCAGGUAGCGCCGGUCGAUGUUCCUCUCCAGGUUGGCCAGGCGCAGGACGGCCAGGUCCAGCGGGUGGCUGGCCACGCGGGGCAGGUCUGACCACUCCUUCUUGGUCCGCACGAUCCAGUCGUCCCGGGGGUCCACGUCAUGCUCGUAGUACUGCAGGUCGUCACGCGUGGAGUCCACCUCUGGAACCGUGUAGGGCUGAGGUGGGGAGGAGGGAGAAUGACAGAAAAUAUUAUAUUAUAGUUCACAACAAUCAAAUAGCAGUGAAGCAAAGGACUUUGAAGCUAGAGCAAGACUCAAAAGGGUUGCGAGGUAAACAGUAGCAGUGCGUAGGGUAAAAUCACUGGGGAAGCCAGAAAAAAAUGCCAUAUUACAACCUGUGUUGUGAUAAUUGCAUUGUUUGCUCUAUAACCUGUUAGUUCAUAUACCUUGCUGAUAUAUUCUCCUCUCUUACAUGUCGACGAAACGGGCUAUCACUCUGUCAUACAGCAUUUUUUGUUGUCCUAGGCUACCUGGCUAAAAUGCUUGCUCGCUAGCCUAACUUCCUUUCAUGGGCAACGUUAGCAAGUUAACAUUACCAUUCUACAUCUAGCUACAUAUUGAACUUUCAUCCUCUCAGGCCAGGGGCACAAUGUAGGAAUUAAUGGUUGGAUCAGAACCGCUGUUAUAAUCAUUGGCCAGUACAGAGAAUUAAGUAAAACCACAAGUCCUAAUCCCUAUCUCCAGCCAUGGCUAAUUUAGGAAAGGGCCAAUUUUAGAUAGCUAGCCAGCCACCGGAAGACAACAACACAACGAGAUGCAACAAUUCAAAUCGUUUCUGUCAAUGACGUAUGCUCUCAAUGCGAUUUGAUAGGAGUGACGCCAAAUCCAAAUUGGCUUCCCUUCACACUUUUUUUUGGUGCACCAGGACCAUUUACAAUUGAGCUGAUUGGCUAUUGUUUUAUACAUUUUUUAAAUCAAGGGAGGCCAAUUGCUUGCUGGCUUCCCUUGCAUUCAACGCUACGGGUGGCAACAAAGUCAUACUUAUUUAGACCAGACAGCAUCAGAUAGAUGGGCUACACGUACAGAGACAGAGGGGCGCUGUUUCGCUCACUCGGAUGCUUUCUCCGGUGAGAUACAUUCAGCCUCUUGCGAAUUGAAAGAAAAUGAUAAAACAGAGACUAAAUAAAUUAUUUUAUAUGUUUUUCUUGGUCAAUUUUCUGGGGAAGGCUGGCUUCCCUUGGCAUCCAUGAAUACACGCCACUGGAGGUAAGUGAGGUAAGGUAAGGUGGGAGAGGUGAGGUAAGGUAAGGUAAGCGAGUGCAGACAUCAAAUGAUACAUUUUUUAAGCCACACAACUAUUUUCAAAACAUAAAAGCAGACCCCUAAAAACCACAGAGGUAGGGUGAAUAUAAGGAACACAGACAGACAGCGCUUAUUUCAAACAGUGUUAGGAGCAGAGGUGUUAAAGGUGAGAACUCUAGAGACAUUGGCCGUGUCCGAAUACCCGUACUUGCGUUCUAAAUAGUAUGUGAAAUUUCAACAAAUUUGUAUGCUUUAAAUGCCAGGAUGUCAUACUCAUUUCGGCUUUUCAUCAAGUUGAAUUCGCUGAAGAGAAUUGUCUUUCCGGACGUGUGUCUGACAACAGCUGAUAAUCAGCUGAGUGGUGGCGCUCUACCAAAAUUAACGAAUGGCAGAAAUCAACGUAAUUGCACAUUAGAUAACGUAUUCUCAGUAGGAUGAGCCUAGUAUGCGGUUAUUCGUUGCUUACUGUAUCCGUUUUUACUAAACAGUAUGUUCUAAAUAGUAUGUAGUACGAUCAUUUACAUUUAAGUCAUUUAGCAGACGCUCUUAUCCAGAGCGACUUACAAAUUAUAGUUAAAGUAAGUAGUAGGCAUGCCAGAUUUCGGACACGGCGUCUCCUUUUCAUUUUAGGAGGUGACAAAAAUAAUUCUAAAGGAAUUCUUAAAGGGGAAACGUGAAGACUUGUGAAAGAGUGUAGAUCCAAAAGGAGGGUGAGGAUGUGUGAACGAUAGAUCUAAAACCUGGUUUGUACCUGGAAUCCUGCGGCUGGCGUUUCCGUGUUAUUGUCAGUGUCGCUCCUUCCACUCUGAGGAGCCAUCUUGAAAUAUAAGUAAUGGACAUAUGAUGUGAUGAGUGUGAUACGUUUACCUGCUUAUGCAUGACAAUGCUAGGUGGGGGACACGUUCACUCUGUACAAACUGCAGCUGCACAUACCACCUACGCCACCCUCUGGACAUUCAGUGCAACUGCAGCCAUAGUAAAAAAUCAAAUAAAAACUGAAAUAAACGAAUAAUAAAAAACUGACAAGCUCUGGACAUUUCAAACCCAAACCCAACUUCCUUUACAAACUACCAUGCACCCACCCUACCCAUGCAUCCCUGGGUGCAUCUCAACAGUCUAAAGUGUCCUCCUCGCCUUGGUCUGCACAGAUAUGAAAAGGCGGUAAAUGUGGGGAUGAUAUGACGGAAACGUAUUUCGGGAUCAACUCUCUACUAUCUGUGUUUCCAGAUCUGUGCAGAUGAGGAAUGUAAGUAUGGAUAGGAAGUCACUUUAGAAUAUUGAGACAGGGCCCCUCUGUCCCCCUGGCAUCUCACCUUGAGGUGCAGGUCGGCGGCGAUGACCCUCUGCUCCAGGUCCUCCACCCAGCGGAGGGCUCCGACGUCUGUCUCCAGGGCCCGCUCCUGGACCUGCCACGGCUGCUGCAGGGCCUCCAGCAGGGCCUCUCCCUCCUUCACCUUCACCUGGAAUAUAGGGUCUGACGGGGGGACGGAGAGGAGAGAAGGGAGGGAGAUGCAAGGGGGAAGGGAGGGGAUAGAGAGCGAUGGUAGCGAGAGAAAGGGAUACAAGGAAGGUGUCAUCAUCUAGUUUCCAUUCAUUACAACGCCAUACUUUUUAAAAACACAUUGAUGUCAAAAGCAGCUUCACUAUUAAACACAACCAAUCUGACACACACUAUGACUUUUCAUAUCCCCAUCUUUUUCUAUAGCUGACUCAGUGACCAGUGCUCAUUGACUCACCGUUGAUGGGCCGUGUGCAGACCUCAGCCAGAUACUCCAUGUGUUUGGCCAGGUGUUUGUGGAGCACCUUCUCCCGGAUGCCUCGUGGGUGCAGGGCCUGCAGGGUGGCCGUCAUGUCCUCAGGCUCUUUUAUCCACCACCAGCCACGCACCAUUGCUAACAGCACAACAGCAGCACACACAUUAGACACCAGCAUCACACCUAUAGCAUAGCAUGUUAGCAAACCAUGCUAGCCAUAACCGGCUAACCACACACAAGUAUGUCAAACAUUUGAUCAGUUAUUGUUUAAGAUGUUUGCUACUUCGGCUAACCAUACAUAAAUAAUCAAGUAAGCCAAAUCCGCAGCUCAAAUUGCAUCAUGUUUACAUUGCUGACAAGUGUCAUCGUCAGACACUACAGUGAUGAUAUUCAAUAAACCUUAGUGGUUUUCAAUUGCAUGCGUUUUAAAAAAAGGGGACAGCUUGCUGGAAUGGGAUUGAACUGAAUGGAUUGAAGGCUUACAUGCUGGAAUGGGCUUGACCACGAGCUGAGUGAAGUACUGUUGCUCUAUCUCCUGGAAGAGUGUGGAAGAAGGGCGGCCACGACGCUUAGCUGCAGCCCCUCUAGCUCCAACCCUGCGGGCGGGACUGCUGCCCCUCCUCCGCCUGCGCCCCGGUUUGGCUGGGAUGGGGGUGGUGGUCACCUGGGGUGUGGGAUCCAAGGGGGCUGGUACAGACUGGAGAGAGAGGGAGAAAGAUGGUUUAAUAAGAGAUAA